GUGCUUUUUCCCUUUCUUUUAGGUGCUGCUUCCAGUCGAUCUUUCCCCAGCCGCGACGCCUCACUCUCAGGCUGCUGCAGCUGCUCUGGAUCUCCUCCUCUCUCCUUUUUUUUGCGGUUUGUUUCGUGUGUGCUUCUCCUCCUGCUGCUGAUCUUUUCUCCUGCGCUGGUUGCAGCCUCCGGGGGCACAUGGCAUGCCUGAUGGCCGCUUUCUCAGUGGGCACCGCUUUGGUAAGUUGGACGCCCCUUUGCCUCCGUAGCAGUGUGACAAGCACAGCUGCACAGAGCGAUCUUGACCCUGCGCCCCUUCCCUGGCCAUGACAGGACCCUUGACUUACUUGCAUAUACCAUCUGCUCCGAAUGACCCACAGAGAAGACGGGGAGAGGGAGAGUCCUGGGUGGGCUGGUGUGUGUGUGUGUGUGUGUGUGUGAAGGCAAGGAGGUGGAAUCGGAGAACCUGAGCUUAGUAUGUGACUUUGAAGGGACAGCACCCCCCCUCAAAAUCCCCCAUACUUGAACUGUUACAGUAUGUCUGUCUUUGACGUCGCUCUCGCCUUGGGGGCUGGUGGCUUGCUCUAUGUGUUACUGUGUGUUUUGUUGAAAACAAACGAAACGGGGGCCAAGAGCAACCCAUUAUCUAGAUCAAACGUAGCCCAGCUGUUGGCCGGCUCCUCCUAAGCAGAAACGCUUAAAGAGCGAAGGAGAUAAUACCAAGCGGGUCAAAAGCGACGAGUUAAUUCGUUACAGCUAGAGCGGAGGGGGCGGGGGGACGAGGAGGGGGAGGGACAAUUCUGCAAAAGUGACCCAGAGCCGGCGCUAAAGCUGGGUCAGUGGUUGCCUCUUUUAAUCGGAGCUUUGCUGGGGUGGAUCAACCCUCGCUUUAAUUAGUUGCGUGUUGAUCCACCGAAUGGGAAGGAAAAGGGGACCCGGAGUUUGGUUUCUCAGGAAUUAACCAAUCUUGAUUGGCAGCCUCAGCAUUUCCUUUGCUUUGGUAAGGAAUCUCUCUGUUGUUUUAUUGCUUUCCGUUUCGAAUGGAUGCCUCUGAUGGGGUUUAUUUCUAUAUUUAUAGACAGUUGACCUGCAGAGGUUGUUUUUCGUAUAGCGUGGCAACUUACUUGUAUGCAUCUUUCCCCGCAAGCUUCAGUGACAAUUUCUCUUCCCUUUGGGGGCUGUUAGUUGCUGUGGCUUCAAUGUUGUCAUCUUGCAGGUACAGGCUGGUUAGAACUGCGGGGUUUAUUUUGUUUUUGUCAUGUACAUCAUUCUGAAUUUGAAGUCAUCUGGGUUUGACCGAAAGUUACCUCUCUGCCUCGAGCUUAUAAAAAAAGAUGGAGCUGGAGGAGGGGAGGGGGGAAAUGAGAUGGGUUUUCUGAGCAUGCUCAGACUUUUAGCGACUGCAUCCUAUGAUUUGGAAACAGAUUUACUGAGGCACAGAUAACCUUUCCAGCUCAUUAUAUAAUGGAUUUUGUGUAAACUUGGAGCCAAAUAGUGGGUUUUCUCAAAAGUAAGUUUCAUGGGUGAAGGAUGUAAGUUGGCCCCCCCCCCCCCCACGGUCAGUGUCCUUCUGUUUUGCAAGGGAACGCAACGAAUUUAUUUCUCAGCUUCUGGUUGUGUAACAUGAUGUAAUUAAAAAUCUUCAAAAGUGAAAUGGGAAUGUAUAACCCCACAGGAAAAUGAUGCAGCUUUACAGCAGAGGAAAUAGGUUACAUAAACUGGAUUUCAGAACCUGCUGCAUCAGUACUAGACAUACAUUAUUUGCAAUUUGUUGUAAAUAUUAAUUAUUAUAAAAUAUUAAGUGACUUGGCUCAUUCAGAAAGAGAAGCAUAUCUGAGAUUGAGGUAUUUGUUUUCCUCUAUGCAUUUCUACUCUCCACCAAAAUAUAAACCUCUUAACUUAACUAGGACAGUCCUGAGUCUUACCGGGAUAAGAUCAACUAUUAUUUCAAAUCAUGUAAUGCCAUUUCUCAUCUUACCGAAUUCCAAAAAAGUUGGCAGUGGUGGGAAGAUGUUUGCUUGCAGGAAAUAAUCCCCACACAGGAAGAAUCCCUGAGUCAACUUCAUCAUCUGACAUUUUUAAAUCUCAGGUUUGGUGUUUAUCUUGCCCAUUGGGAGAACUCGGGGCCUCAAAUUUUGGUGGUGCCCUGUGCAACACCAAAUUUGGGUGUCCCCCCGCCUUCCAUUCUACAUCAAAGUUGCAGAGUAGCUGGGGAAACUCAGUCAGAUGGGCAGGGUAUAAAUAAUAAAUAAUAAAUAAUUGUUAUUAUUAUUAUUAUUAUUACCCCCAAAAGCUCAACACCAUGUGUGACUGAACCCCUUGCGGUCCCCUAAAUCCGCCUCUGUCUUGGCCCCCUUGCUUAUCUUUUUGUAUCACAGUGCCUGAUAAACAUGUAAACAAGAGAAAAUAUCAAAAGUGUCUUGAGUGUGUGAAUUCUCAAUACUUUUAAAGCAAGUCUCUUGAAAUCAGUUCAGGGCUUGGACCUUGAGGGUGAAUCCAGCUAACCUCAGCCAGCCCCCAUCUGCCUGCUUUCUUACAUACAUCCAGUCCAGGGGAUAGCUGUUUGCUUCUUCCUACUUAGUCUCAGUGUUGCCAUUGUGGAACAUAGCAGAGAGCAGGACGGGAGAAAACUACAAUCAGCUGUCUCUGUGUCAUCCUCUCUGGCUCCUCGUCUUCUGCACUACCGGUUCCAGUGGUCAUCACUCACCAUCUCUUGAAGCUACACCAUGCAGAGUAUUCAAACACUAUGGCACCCAAUUUUUUGCAUCGUUCUGCAAAGUCCAUGCCUUUUAAAGCCAAUUGCAGGAGUAGCAUUAGGUGGAUUUCCUUACCAGAUCUACUACCUUUGCCCCACCAGCUGGCAUCGUGUGCUUUACUUGUUAAUGUUUGUCCACACGAAUGUAGCACAGGAAUCUCCUGGGCUGCUUGGGAAGAGGAAGAACAUGUUGUGUGAGCCACUUCUUAUAGCAUAGCUUCUCAGGGGCGGGGGAGUGGUUAAUGUAGUCAUCGUUGGGUUGCCCUAGUCAAAUAUUGGAGUGUGAACAUUUCUUCCUAUAUGCUGUUUUAUCAUGCAAUUGUGUAGAUCAGCUUUUUCUAGCCUGGUGCCUUCUAGAUGUUUUGGACUACAACUCCCAUCAGCCCCACCUAGCAUGUGCUGAUGGGAGUUGUAGUUCAAAACAUCUGGAGGGCAGAAGGCUGGUGAAGAUGUAACAUGAACAGAGCUUAACCUAGGCUUGUUUCUUCUUCUUCUUUGACAUUACAGCGGGAACAAAUGACUAGCAGAUGCAUUUUCCUGUGUGGAAACUAUUUUCUCCCUUCUUGUAUUCCAGAAUGCCAGCAAUUCUGCAUCUGCUAUGCCUGAACCAAAGUCUGUAUGCGUUUCAGUAGAUGAAGUGGUCUCCAAUGGAACCGACACCCAAGAAGUCCACCUACUCAAUGGCCAUUUAAAAAAGGUGGACAAUGCAUUGACAGAAGCCCAUCGCUUCUCCUACCUUCCGCGGAGACCGGCUGUGAACAUUGAGUUUAAAGAACUCUCUUACUCGAUCCAAGAAGGACCAUGGUGGAGGAAGAAGGGUAAGUCUGUGAGAAAAUUUCCUGUUCUCUUAUUGUUGGAAGGGAAGCAAGUGUUCUCAUCCUGACAUGGCUCUGAAGGGGAACAAUGGAAAUUAGAUGAUAGCAAAGGCAGUCAGUGAUAUGUCCUGAAGUUAAAGAUUUCUAUUUUUGUCUUGCUGAGGCAUUGUGAUAAUCUUCUGCUGUAGUCAUGCUUGCUUUCUUGUUUGUCUAUAUGGACUUAAUGUAUACUAAAUGUAAAUAAUUUUUUAAAAAGGACUAAUGGGCAAGUUGUGCCCCUCUUCUUGGUUGUCAGUAUGACAACCACUGCCCCCAGUGUCUUGCUGAAUAUUGGGUUCAGUUUCUAGAGGAGCUAAGCUCAUUGUCCACCUCUGGUGGUGAAUCUUGCCAAGAGAGAAGUCAAUAUGCAUUGAAUUCCUUUGGUUAGUUGUGAAAGUGUGCUUGAAGAAGGAGAAACAAGAAGACAAAGGAAAUUACUCAAUCAGAUGGCUCAGUAAAUUGGGAUGGAUCCUUUGAUAAAGGAUGGAUUGAAUUUAGAUGGUCACCACUUCCAAAUAAGUCCUUGUUCAUAGAAUUGUAGAGUUGGAAGGGAUCCAAGGGUCAUCUAGUCCAACCCCCUGCAAUGCAGGAAUUUCAGCUAAAGCAUCCAUGACAGAUGGCCAUCUAACCUUUGGUUAAAAACUUCUAAGGAAGGAGGUGCCUUAGCAGAGCCUGCCCUAUCAUCAUCACCACCACCACCACCACCCUCACAUUUAUUUAUACUUCAUUAGGAAGUUCCAUGGUGGGUUACAACAAUUUACAAUUCAGUAUUAAAAACAGUUAAAACUAAAUUACAAUUUUAGGAACAGUGUGGCUACUGAACAGAAACGUCUCAAGUGACGCAGUCUCAAGCAGCAGUCACUAUUGAGUAGGUAGUCAGAGCCAGGUGGGCAUUUAGGGGCUGCCUUGGAGAAUGCUCCUCCCAAGCCACUUCCAUGAACUUCUGAGGACAGCAGAACUACUCAGAGAUUCCCUGCUCUGCUGCUCUUAACACCCAAUAGGUUCUGUAGGAAAGGAGGCAGCCUCUCAGAAAUUUGGGGCCCAGGUCACUUUAGGGCUUUAAACACUAGUGUGAGCAUAUUUUAAUUGGGCCCAGAAACAAACUGGCAGCCACUGUAGCUGUUUUAUAUGAGUGUUAUAUGUGGGGUUAUAUGAGUGCUAAAGGCAACCCCAGCUAAUAAUCUGGCCACUGCAUUUUUGACCAGUUGAAGUUUCUGAGUCAACAAGGGCAACUCCAUGUGUUGAGCACAUUGUAGUGAUCUAAACUGGAAGCUGACAGAGCAUGAAGGUACCAUGGCACAUUAGUACACAUUAGGCAGAGACAGCUGUCUUAGGCACCAGAAGCUCAGGGCAGCAAGUAAUGGUGAGAUGUUGGAGGUAUUGAAGCUGGCCAAGCCAACUGUUUGCCUUCAUGUGUGUUGGAGGGUGCUAUCUCUUCGUGAGUGAUUCAUCUGUCAGUCCAGUUGGCAGGGGAAGGGGGAUGCCAUCUUGCUUGCUUUGAACAGCAAAAUGCCUUACUGAGCUGUAGUUCCAACAAUGUGAAAUGUGUGAUGUUGUUUUAAAGGAAUUAAUAUGCAUCUUAGAUAACAUAACACUCCUUGGCCUUCAAAGAGACUGUAGUGUGUGUUUCUAUGCCCAAACUGCUUACUCCUGAAUAAAUCUAAUGAAGUUAAGGGCAAACAUAUAUUGGUUCUCUUGGUUGUCUUCAGUGUGCUGAUUCCCUGAAAAGCCUAUAGGUUCAGCACGUGCAAUAGGUGCUCAUGUCUCCAAAUUCAACCAAACAUGUCAAACAUGAGACUUUUCUUGGAUCAAAUGAGACUCCUGUGUUUUUUUCAAGUUCCUUUCUCAAUAAAGGAAUCAAGAAAACCUAAACAUCACAGGGUUUACAUAGUUCCUGAGCUGUGUGGAUGGAUUUAUUACUCCAUAGUGGUGUGGCAGGAUGCAGUGCAAAAUGAACCACAGUGGUCUGACUCUGUAUAAGGCAACUUUCUAUGUUCCUAAGUUCAUUUCAUGUGCUUUUACUGGUGGAGGACCAUUCUUUAUUAAAUUUUAAACACUGUCAUCAGAAAAACUCUAAUGAAUCUGAUUUAUAAUUUUGGGGGAAUAUUUUAUUUUAUUGCAGUUUUUAUAUCUAAAAUGGAUAGUGUUCAUAUCUGCUGAAAUGAUAAAAUUGGGGGCAACUUGUACUUACAGGUGAGGGAAAACAAAGGGUCACAGAUGAGUAUGAUAAAUAAAACAGCUGUCUUCCAACCAGAAACGGGUCUCGUGAACCAAGGAAGAAAAAAAGAAAUAGUAUCAGGGUCCAACUGUGAAUGACUGAGUGCUACUACUAGUUAUAUAACCUAACUGAAUGUGCUAAUUGCUGUGACAAACAAACAGACCCCAGAAAUGUAAAGUUGUAAGUCAUAAGGUUUAGCUGUGCUAUUUCAGAAAUAAAAUAUAAAUAUUUUGCUCAUUACUUGCCAUGUUUCUCUGAACGGAAUGAGCUAUGAUCUGUAUUAGGGCCUGAUAACCUAUAGAAAUGUUACAUUUGUUUAUAACUGCUGCACUUUAAGUAUGGUUUAAAUAUCAUCUAAUAAUGUCACAUUUGUGAAGAUUUGUUUUAAGAAUAAGGUUGUUGCAGUCUAUAAAAUAGCCCAAACCCCCAAUAAACUAGUAAUGUCUUCUUAAUUUGGGGACUUCGCAGUUCUAGGGAGAUGUCUGACAAAACUUCUAGCAAAAGAUCAACAGGACUUGUAAUCGGGCUUUAACACCCGGAAGGCACUCAGGGACAGGGAGUUCUUAUCAAAGUUGCCCAGAGCACAUAUUUUUUUUUCUUACUAUGACCAAGUUUAUGAAGAAAACUUUUUCAGACUAUUGGAAAAAAACCAGUGUUGAUUGUUAAAAAGUCUUUUUGUGCUGACUGUGACUUUUCCUUUCUUCAGUCUAUGCAAAAAUAAAACCCCAUCAGAAGAUCAGUUCUGGCUUGGGGUAAUACUGACUCAAAACACACCCUUAAUUAGAGCAUGGACAGAAGAGCAUUUUCUGCUUGAUCCAUAACCUAGAACCUGUAACAAUGGAUGUAGUAGUUUGGGCCCAGAUCCAGGGUGGUCCCUCUGCAUACAACAAAGAUGGAGGAGCACUGUCCCAUCUGUUCCGUAAUUCAAGAUCUGUAGUAAGUUACAUGGCUUCUAACAACAUUGACUUGUGUGCUAGUAUUUUGUCAACACAGAAUGAAAAAUGCUGUCAGUCAGAAUGAUAACAUUUGGCAGACACCAUUAUGGUUUUCUGCAAGCACCAACAGCAGAAUAAGUCAAAUAUACACUUAGUUUGAAGUCUUGUUUUCUUCAAGUGACGUGUGUCCUCCAUGAAAGGACUAGAGGACGUAUGUGGGAUUCCCAGCAGCAAAUACUUCCGAAGAGAAAAUUACCCAAGAGAGAAAUGCAGCUCUUGAGGCUGGUGUCACAUGUUUUAAUGAAGUAAUUACAGUUCCACAUGGGAUUGUCUUCUGUUGUCUAAACUGGCAUGACUGCAUGUUGCCAAUUGUGUUACCUUUGACUUGAUCUAUUUUAGAUGUGUAAUUACCAAUGUUUGUUUGAAUGUGCACAGAAAAUUCUGCCCUUGAUUCACCAACUGCUACUUUGUGGGAAAAUAAAAGUAGAAAUUCUUCUAGUUUGUUUUAAGUACUGUUCCCCGCCCCCUUUUCCACACACAGCUAGUUAAGAGAAACUCAGCAUGCUGGAUGAAUUGUUUAGUGAGUCCAGACCCUCCAAGUGUCCCUAUUUUCCAGGGACAUCCCUGAUUUAGUGAGGCCGUCCUGGUUUUUCAUUUGAUCCUGGAUUGUCCCUCUUUUACUUAGGAUGUCCCUGUUUUCAUUGGAGAAAUGUUGGAGCCCUACCCAUUGCCACCCCAUCACCGCACUUACCUGACCUGGGGGUUCUGGGUCGUGGGCUCUACUAGUCAAACCAGGAGCAUCAGUGAUCGCCCUCUCACACCGGAAACAAACCAGGACUGUUCCAAGAAUACACACUGGCGAGCCACUCCCUUACCCGCUUGUGAUUGGCCAAGUGGAUAGCCAGCUGAUCAGGGUUUUUUUAAAAACAAAAUUGAUUUCCCUCCCUCACUUCUCACAUCCCUUUGUGGCCCCCUAGCCUCAAGCUGUUGCCCUCCCAUUAAUGCAAUUUUCACCUGUCGCCCCCUUAGAAUAUCUUGGGGGGCCGCCGGUUGGAAAACACUGCUCUAAACUACUUCAAAUAUGAAACUAGAUACCCAAAUGAAUAUUUAAUGUCCAAGCUUCACGUUUUGAAAAAUAACUGUUUUCUUAAAAUCUGAUUUGCAUUGAGAGAGAAAAUAUAUGACCAUGUUUGCACCUACCCUGCUCAAUUCUUUGCCAGAGGAUGGGACGGAUUUCUUUAUUUAUUACAGAUUUCUCGGAAAGAAGUGCAUUGAUACAAACUAGUUCUUGAAUUUCAGAAUGCAUUGUCUUCCUGUCAACUGCAGUACAUUUUUAACUGCCCGAAUCUAGACAGGAAAUUUAAUUUAGGAGUUUUCCACAUAAAGCUUUUAUUGGCACAUAAAAAAUAGAAACUGGAUUUGUUGAGGCUAUAUAGCCAGGUCACAUAGAAAUAUCACAUAAAAUGAAUCAAUAGCCAGCUUCUCUUGCUGUUAAAAAACAAAAGACAAGUGUCUGUCCCUUCGCACAGAAGGGGUAUGGGCAGAAGACGAAAAGCUGCAGAUACAGUUAGAGGCGGCAUUGUGCAGUGUGUUUCAAAUUAAGUUCUUUGUGAAGAUGAUAACUUACAUUUAUUAAGUCACAAGUUGGAUGAAGGGUGGUAUAUGAAUUAAAUAAAGAAAUAAUGAAGUGUGAUGCUGGAAGCCCUGAACAUAUGAAUUUCUGCUUCAAGUUAAAGUGCUGGUCAUGAUUUAGGUUCCAUGAGAGACUGAUGGAACUCAAAGAAAGAGGACCUGCCCCAUCAGAUUCAUUUUUAGCAUAUUCUGUGAACAGAUGUGAAGAGUGCUAAAGAGAUGAGCUGUAUUUGUUCUUACAUAGCUCUGUACGUAUAUUGACGUCACUACAUGUGCAACUCAUGCAGUGAAAAGGAUGAACACAGGCAACUUUUAUCAUCAAAAUAUAACUUAUAAUGGUGUCUACGACCAUUCAGUAAGGUAGUUUGCAGUGUCCUGCUGUGUGAUGAGGAAACCUUGACCACUUUACUCUGACCACAUAUUUAUGAUCGUGUGGAGAUGUAGUGAAAUUCUCUGUACUACUUGGCAGGAUAUUCCAGACUUAAUGGAAAACUACAUUUGGUAAAUCAUUCCUACUCAAAACCAUAAGGUCUGUUCUACCAGGAAGUUCUCAUGUGUAAGCUCCCUUAAAGUGAAUGAGAGCAGGAUAACCCAACAUUUUAAUGGGGCUUAUGCCAAAUAACUUCUUGAAUGAUUUUUACAUUUUCUAGACCAAACAUGGCAAUUCUGCUCUCUUCUCUCAGAGGAAUAGUAUGUCUCUGGUAACUUCAGCUGGGGUCAUAAAUACUUUUCUUAUCUUGUUCUGUUAACUUGCUUUCCCAUAAGCAAAGGACUAGAAUAACACCAGCCUUUGGCAAGAAAAUACCUGUUGCUGCCUUGCUACCAGCAAGUACGUAAUAUACUCAUCCAGAAGUUCAACAAGUCAGCCUACUAUAGGCUUAACAGUUGAUACUGUGAUGAAUAUGUCUUUGUAUCCUUGGUUCUGACUCCAUCCUCUGCCACCCAGUCAUCUCUAAGAAAUAUAUGUUCCCACAUGCAAUCUUGUGGGGGGUGGGGAGUGACAUCCAUGUCUUUCUGGCUUGAUGAUUUGAGACAUCUUAACAAAAGCAAACCACAUCCCUGUAUCUAUCUUCAUAUAGGAUGCAAAACCAGGGUAACAUAAGACACAUAUGAUGGCAUUGCUGAAAAAGUCCCUCCAGUAAUAAUAAUUCAAAGGAGAUCAUGAAUCCCUUAUUCCCAUUCAGUUCAAGAAGUGCUUUGCUUUUGUAUAAGUGAAUACAGAAGUCUUAUUCAUCCUGUGGUACCUAAUUUCAGCUUUAUUGAUGUGUUUGGGGUGAAUGUGUGUAACCUUAAAGUGGGGUGAGGACAUGGAGGCGCAUUAGUUGCAAAAGAGGCGCCGUCAGGUAGGUGGAAUGCACCAUUAAAGAAUCCAGCAUAAGCAUGCUCAUUGUGGCACGGGGCCAACUUCCCCCUAAUGUACCUUGAUUUGAAAAGGAAAGCCUGAAAAGGAAUCUAUUGCUUUCAUUAUUAAUGAAGUGGCCGGUACUGUAGAUCCAUCCAUUUGACAGGCCAUUUCCACCAGAGGUUUAGUUUUCGAAAGGAAGUUCCACUUCAAGAUGUCCCUUACUUCAGGGAUAGACCAUCUGCUUCGCGUGCAGAAUGCCCCAUGUUCAAUUCCUGCCAUCUUCAGGGAGGGCUGGGAAUGUUUGUUGUCUGAAACUCAGGAGUACAGCUUUCGGUCGGUGUAAACAAUACUGAGCAAGAUGGACCAGUGGCCUGACUCUGCAUAAAGCAGCUUCCUCUGUUCCUUCCUGAGUCCUCAAGAUUUAAAGUGGCAAUUAGAGAUGGGAUGAAUUGUGAGUCGUUCAAGAUGUAGGAAUCCCUUCCUGAUCAUUGGUUUGUGUAUCGCUGAGAAGGAAUAUUGAAUUUAACUUUCAUCAUAUUGCAAAAUAAUCAUAUAUUUUAAGCAUAUUUUAAAUUAUUUCCUUGCAAAAGUUCAGUCUCACAGCUACAUCAUUCCCAGAGGAUAUAAAUUCUGCUUUUCAAUAGUAGUGUAACUAUCACAGGGAGCAGCUGAAGACUGAGAUAAAUAGGCAGAACUGGCACAGGAUGUGCUCAGGUUUAUCUUGUUCCACGCACCGCCAUUCUGCCUAGGGGCCCUAGAUCUAUAUAAUGGAGACACUAGAGGUGUAAAAUUUUCCAAAGUGUUGAAGCCGCAGACAAAUUCACUGUCUUGUAUUGCUUAUACUGAUGCAAUAAUCAGUUUAAUAUUUAUUAGGAUAGUGCAUAGUAGUGCUUUCACAAAAGAAGAAUUCUCUGUUACUGAGAUACAUAUCCUUAGUUAUACAGUAUGUUUCUUUUGAUUUGGUUUUAUGUAACACCCCUCAUUAUCUUUCUUGCAUAUUUAACAAUAUGCCUUUUGAAUUGUGUGAUAGUGUUAAUCCAGAAAAGUAAUAAAACCAUGAUAAAACCACCAUAAUUUGUUUGAUAUUUCAGUGGAGGCAGAGGAAUGAGAAUUGAGUUUAGAUGUGGAAGAAACAGAUUUAAAUCCCUAUUACCUGUGUUGGUUACCCUACAACUGGGAGGCAGAUAGUGAUGUUCCCUGAGAACACUGUAUUGGUGAUGGUUGUAAUGAGGCAAUGAGUUUUAGGGCAUUUUAUACAAGGAUGCUAACUAUGCAGGUCAUUGGUACAUGACUUGACCACAAAUUAAUCAUGGAUUUCUGAGGAGAGUACCAUUUUUGUACAUAUUUCCAAACAUGUUCACACAUUACAUUUUUAGGCCUGGAUUAUACCUGUAAAAUCUCAGAUAAUUCACCUCACAACAGAAUGUGUGAACCAGUCUUAUUUGGUGGUUGGUAGAAUGCUUCUAGUACAAUCCACUGGAAUGUUUUGUAUGUAAGCCCCACUGAAAUGACAAUACUUAACUUUUCCGUCCUUCAAUACAGCUACUUCUGAGAAGAUGAUUCUGAAACAUUCUUCUCAUGUUUUUGUUUAUAUUAGUAGGAAGUAUAUAGAGAUCCAGAAUUGGCCUCCACAGUCGCCUAUGGACACACUGUUAAGACCAUAUUCAUGGAAGACAAUCUUACUCGGCUAUGAGUGAUUGCAAAAGAAGACGGCAUGUAGAUAAAAAUAUAAAUUCAAUCACAUUUAAUCAAAACUUGCUCCCUAUCGGAUAUGAAGGAGCACAAAUUUUGGCUGGCCACCAAACUGUUAAAACCUUCCCAAAAUCAAUGUUUGAAAUUAAUGCCAUCAGGUAAUUUACAUCUUGUGUCUUAGCUAAAAUAUCUUAAAACUGAAAACAGUGUUUAAAAACAGUUGGGGAAAGCAGACUUCACAAUAGAGUUGUUGACAAAAUCCGGUUUAAACUCACCAGGUUUUUCUGUGUGGUGUUUUGUUUGGUUUGGAGGUACUGUUACAAAUUCAUUCUGACACGUUCAUUGAAACAAGUGCAUAUUUCGUUCUGCAAGAAUCUAUACCCUGAGCCUUUUAAAGAUGCAAACGAUCAAAAAUAGGAUUUGCUCUAAAUUAUUUGCUGAUCCUGGUUAGAGGAGUCAAGAAAAGCCUGUCCUUAUCAUAGCAGGUGCAUUGCAGCAGAGGCGCCGCAUGAGCCAGCUCUCUCUCACUCAUGCUCGGUUACUGUCGGUCAAUGCACGAUAGUAACCUUGGAUUGUGAUGCUUGAGCAGCGAGGAAGCAGAUGUUGGAUUGGCUGCACGGUGGCUGUUGCUAAGAUGAGAAAGAAAAGAAUGGGGAAUAUUAAGGACCAAAAUCAUUGCUGGGGGAAAGAUGCAUAGUUCUAUUCUGUAAAAAGCAUGUGAAUUACGUAAUCCACAAGUCACCUUGGAGCCUGCGUUUUCAAACACAGCAGAAGUAUUCGUGUCGUAUACCACAUUUUAAAAAGGGAAAUAAGCAGCUAGUCUGAACUAACUGCAGGAAGUAGAAACCCAGCACAGAGACACAAUUUUAAAGCGACCCUUUCUGAAUGGCACUUGAUUAGUUUAAUUGUUUCUUCUUCUUAUUGUUCCAGAAAAAACCACAUAGAUGCACCUUGUCUAAGAAUAUUAUUUUUCUUUGGUAAAAGGGGAACAUGGUAUUUUUAGCAUCUGACCUGUAAAAACUGUGAGUCAGUGACUUAAUUGGACAUCAUAUUCUAUCAGGGAGAGAUGGAACGAGGGCUAUAUAUUUCACAGAUGCCUGCUCAGGUGCAUUUCAGGCAUGUGCAAAUAGACACAUUGUACUACAUGGGUUUGUGGGUUUGAACCCUAUAAUGGACAAAAGAUUCCUGCAUUGCAGGGGGUUGGACUAGAUGACCCUUGGGGUCCCUUUCAACUUCACAAUUCUGUUAUUCUAUAGUUGUCUCAAAGUAUGAGGACCUCCUUCACCUAGCCCUGAAGAUAAGACUUUACAUAGGCCCUGCCAGGAUCUUGGGCAAACAUUUUUUAAGCAGGGGGCUGGUCCACUGUCCCUCAGACCCUGUGGUGGGCCAAACUAUUUUUUUGGGGGGGGGGGAGAAUGAAUUCAUAUGCCCCACAAAUCACCCAGAGAUGCAUUUUAUAUAAAAGGACACAUUCUACUCAUGUAAAAACAUGCUGAUUCCCGGACAGUCUGUGGGCCGGAUUUAGAAGGUGAUUGGGCCGGAUCCGGCCCCUGGACCUUACUUUGCCUACCAAUGAUCUUGAGUCUCCACUAAUAUUUAAGAAGGGGUAGGACUGCAGAGUCUCCCACAACAACCCUCAACUGCUCUCUUGCGAUGCAGCAUCUAUCCUGCCCAGUCUCUUGUUCCUUGCCUUAGCUCCCCUAUGGGCAGCUCUUCUGCUAUUUUACUAAUUGUGGCUUAGACUCUGGCUCUAGCCCUCCUGAAUGAACUGCAUCCUGCUUCUCCCUUCCAAGUGGGACUGAUGGGUCUGGAGUUGAUGGGAAUGGGAUGGCGGGGAAGGACUUAGCCUCCACCAAUGGUAGGUUUCUUAAGGACAUACUUUGCAUUGCCCUGGAGUGAAUGAAAACUACUCUGUGAUGCAGAAGAAAGUGAAGAAAGAGGCCUGCUUCUUAGGUACACAGCAGGUUUUACUGUUCCCCACUGGUCUUGCAAACUGACAAGUAUUGAUUGGAUGUGUGUUCCUUGCAAAGCUAGUAAAAGUGUAGAAAUGUAAACAUGGAGGGAAUCGCAUCUGCCCACCCCCACUCCCAGCCUCCCUGUUUUUUGAAGUCCCACCUACAAUGGGAUCUACAUGCAUAUCUGACUGUGUGCACAGUCUCUGAACACAUCCUCUAAACCAGGCGUAGGCAAACUUGGCCCUCCAGAUGUUUUGGGACUACAACUCCCAUCAUCCCUGACCACUGGUCCUGUUAGCUAGGGAUGAUGGGAGUUGUAGUCCCAAAACAUCUGGAGGGCCAAGUUUGCCUGUGCCUGCUCUAAACCCUACAAAAGGUACGACUUUAGUUGUAUUUUCUCAUAACCAUUGGUUUGUUGCAAAAUAAAAGGAAAUACAAACCAUACUAUAUACAGCCAACAAAGUGGGGGAGAGGACAGGACUUCAGCCUGUCAACUAACAAAAUCAUCAUCAAAUAACGCUCCCCUCAAACAAUGUCAGACUGAAUGGUCCCUCAUUAGUCAAUUGUGGUUUGUAUGGGAAAUGUGCUUCUGAUUUAUUUUAUGCAACAAAUGUGAGAAUAGUUACUUUACCUGUCACGUAUUUGUCAGAAUCUGAAAGAAAUAACACAUUUUAAUUCCAUUAAGAUUUUCAGGCAAAAAUCUUCAUUGCAGUGAAGUAUAUUUUUGGCGGUACAAUAAAUAAUUAUAGUUUACUUGACCAAAUUUACACAAAACAACUCUCUCAAUAAGCACAUGUCAUUGUUUGUAAGAUGAGGACUGCAAAUUCCUUCUUUAAAGAAACACACACCUGUAGAGACAUCAUGUCUGUAUUCCUUGCUGAAAUGCUGGCACUUGAAUCCAACCCUGGAUGCUUAUGUUGUACGAAUUAGCUGCAGAGUAUAAACAGAGUGCAAACAAAAUAAAUAAGUAAAUUAAUGACAACAAUGCCCCUCGGGUGUGAGGUGAAGUACGUACAUUUUUAUACUACAGCUCACAACCACUGUUGUUCAUUCACAAUACAUUCAACUGGGGAUUUAAGCUCAUUUAUUUCAUAAAUGCAGAGGAAGAAACAAUUAUUUUGUGUACUUCAGAAAAUUAUGCAUCAUUUUCACCUCCAGCUAUUUCUUCCCUUUCUCUGCACUCAGUUAUGUGAGUAUAACUUAGGAACAUUCAGGAUUGCCCCACUCCAGAAUCCAAGGAACCAUUCUUUUAAAUCAGAAACAUUUGUUUCUAGUAUUUCAUAGCAUUAAUUUUUUUUCAAAAGUCCUGAAUUCCUAAAAUCAUGGCAAUAAAAUUGUUGCCAUUUUUGUUAUAAUAAAAGAGGUUCUAGUGGCAAGGACAGCAAUUACUUUGUACUCAGGUUGUUGUAUUUGAAAACAGCAAUUGGAGGAAGAAAGUGGCAAUUUAACACCUUUUGGAGCAUUAGUCUUUCAGCUAGAUACCAGAGGAAGCAAUUGAGAAAAGUUCAAGAUUGAGACUAUUACAAAAUCAGAACAAACAGCAUCUAUUGUGGUGUGUCAUUACAUAACUGAAGGUCCUAUCGAAAAGCAUCCACAGCAAGUUUGAUGAUUUUUAAGUCCAUGGCAUGAAAGGAACAGAUAUAUUUCUAUUUGUGGUAAAAUAUAAAACACAGGGUUUGCAUGAUGAGGGCAACAGCUAUGACUCCUUUAACUUUCAGAUCUUCAGUGUCGGAUCACUAGGAAUGAGCUGAAUCCAUUUGUGUGGGUGCUUGAUGUUUGUAGGAGAAAUGAAUAGUGCCUAGGGAAGUCACGGCUUGUGUACCAGUCAGGGUACACAAAGUCAAUUCACCGUAGACAAGGCCAGAUCAAGCUGCUAAAAUUUAGGCAGAAGCUCUCUUCUAUAGAAAACAGAUAAAAACAGGACCUUGGAUAGCUCCAAUUGAGCCAUGCUGAGUGAAGCAUAAGGAAGUGGAAUAUAGAUGUUGUUCUAGCAGCAGGUCAGCAGCAAGGCUUUUAUAGGUUGACACCCCUGGCAGUGUCACUGGCUUUGGCUUACUGGAGGAGCUGUUAAGGGUCCUCACCUUAUUUUACAGUCUUUGACUUCUGCUAGGUUGAGGAAGUAGAGGUUCUGAAAGGAGACACCUUCUGGGUCCAAGAAUAAUGUCUGGACUCUGUUCUCCAACCAGAAGUGCCCUGAAUAAGCUAACAAAGUUUCUCCCCACCAGAAACUGUGUUUUCGUCUCAUCAGAGGCAUCUACUGUACAGUGCAAGGUCCAAAAGUCAGGGUCAUAAAAGGUUGCAUCUAGUUCUUUGAGAUCUUCAGGCUCACAGGGGAGGCCAGCAGUUUCCAGUCAAGCAACAGGACCUUGGCCAAUUCCAAGGGCCCCUGCUAAAACAGUUAUGAGAGAUAAUUGUCUCCCCCAGGGAGCUGGAGCCAACUGAAGUCUUAUGUAGGCUGACCAGUCCUGUAGCGAGUAGGCUCUGUCUCUCUGGAACAGCUGACUGGCUGGUUAAAGGGCCCUCACUUUGUUUAGUAGCCUUUGAUUUCUGCACGGACUAAUCCUUGAGUUAGUGGCAGAGCCAUGCCCUCUGGCUGGAGGAACUCUGAAUAAGGUAAUUAUGGUUCUUCUCCUGAGGACGUAGCCUGAACCUCAUCAGAAGCCUAUGGAGUACACUGCAAGGUGCCUGGAUUGUAAUCCAAGACAGGCUGGGACUUUGCCUUUGAUUAUUUGGGCAUGAUUGUCUUGGGAUAAGUUCAUUUACAGGACAAAACCAUAUAUGAGUUCAGAGGGGUCUAGAACACUGAAAGUUUUGCCAACUGCCUCCCAUGUUGCAGCAACCAGAUGGAUGAUGUUUCUUACAGCUAGGAGACUAGAGUUCUGUUUGCUGCCCGGGGAAGAAAAGUAGAGCUUUUUCUGUUAUCAACUGGGCUUCAGUGAAUGGACUGAAACAGUGUAUUUAUGGGAACACUCAGAAGGAACUUCUUGACAGAGCUCCAAAAAGUAUCUACAGAGUUGCAUUAAAAAACCCUCAAGUCUGCCUUGCUUAUCCAAAGAAAUUCAUUAGUGUUUUCUAUCUUUGCGAACAUGUACAAAUACACCACAUGGAGAUCAUUUGGUGCAAUUAAUUGCAGGGUCUAUCAUGCAAACUAGGAAGCUGCUUUACAAAUGAGAGUCAAGUAACAUAAUCUACCAGGACAGGACAGGCUGAUUUGGAGGUGAGCCAGAAAUGAAUCUUCUCUCAGUUUUAACCUAAGCUAACCUGACCUGGAUUUAGACAUACCCCAUGAGGCAGAAUUUCAGUAGUCAAUGUGCUCUGGGUAGAAAAUGUAUGAAUACUGUGAUUAUAUACUUUUAGUUGUAGAGAUUUUUAUUGUGUAAUUCAAUAUCUUGCCUAUGUGUGGAGUUUUUGUUGUUUUGUACUGGAAGUAUGAAAGAACAUCUGUUUCUGGAAAUUAUUCAGUUCUUUGUUGCCAUUCAGUUAGCCCUUAUAAUAACUUGAAAAGAAAGGAGCGUGGAGAGUGUAAAGGGGAAGCUGAAAGUCCUCUCUGAAAAGGAUGGGAAUUUGGAAUAAGCAGUGCAUUUUAAUAAUGGCCCUCAACCACAGUUUGAUGUGUUUGGACAAAAUUAAUUUCUUGGAUACAAUUUGUCUUGGAUACAAUUUGUCAAGUUAUUCAUUUUAACUUGACAGACCCUUCAGAAGUUAAUUGGCAGCAGGUAUGGGUAAAAAUUCAUCAGAUCAAGUUAUGAAGAUGUCAACCAUUCACACAAUAGUGAAGACCAGCUUAAAGAAGUAAAGUGCAUGCUUUGGGAUAACAUUUUGCUUAUGUUUGUUCAGAUAGCAUAUUUGCAGUUCUAACAGGGAGAAUUUUAAGUGAACUCAAAAGUUAAAAGGCAAAGAUUUUUGUGACAUUAUAAACUAUUGUGUAAUAUGCUGGGGAAUAAAACUGAUUAUGUGGAAAGAAUGGCAAUAUGAUGGAGGUCUAGGUCACUAUGGUGGUAAAAUAGCCACCCAGCCUUUUAAAAAUUCCAUCUAAAUAGUUUUGUGGUCCUCCUGGUCUGUUUUAUUCUUCAGCUAUUCCUACUAUUAGCAAAAGAAUUUUUUUCCUGAUACGCAGCAGGGAGGUAGCUCAGCAGCAAUGUGUGAUGGGCAGCAGCGAUAGCUUUGUCUUCCUGGAACCUGAUCACAUGUCUGAAACGGGAUGUGAAAACUUCCCCUUUGAGAUAAACUUAGUCAUGUACUGUAUUAGUUACCAUGGGUUAAAGCUGUAAUGCUGCUAUUAUUAUUUACUAAAUUUCUAUAUUGCACUUCAUCCAAAGAUCACAGGGCAAUUUACAAUAUAACCCCCCCAAUACAUGCCAUAAUAAUAAACAAAAACAAAACAUGCACACACACAGAGAGAGUUUAAAAUGCCAUAGAUUGUUUAAUUAGCCAAAGGCCUGGGAGAAGAGGAAUAUUUUUGCCUGGCGCCUAAAGAUAUGUAACAAAGAUGCCAGAUGAGCCUUCCUAGGGAAUGCAUUCCACUUUAGACAGGUACUAUAUUCUCAAAAAAGUACAAUGGUACCUUGGAAAUAGAACGGAAUCUAUUCCGAAAGUCCGUUUGACUUCCAAAAUGUUCAGAAACCAAGGCACAGCUUCUGAUUGUCUGCAGGAAGCUCCUGCAGCCAAUUGGAAGUUGUGGAAGCCAUGUCGGACGUUUGGGUUCCAAAGAACGUUUGCAAACCGGAACACUCACUUCCAGAUUUACUUCAUAUUACUUUAUCUACUUUAUCAGCUGAUAUUAAUCCAACAUGUAGGUUGUCUAGGAUUUGAAAACAGAUGAAAGUUCAGUAUUAUCAUGGUUGCUCAGUUUUUCAGUUUCCGAACUGCAGGAACAGUAAAAACCAUCCUCUUAAAAUCCACUUAAUGCAUUUUCUUUCCGCUAGCACUGAUGUGUUCACUGUGUAGUGGGUUUCUGUUUAAUGUUUCUACACAUUUCAGAAGAAAUUAUGAUGGCUAAUUAGAAUAGUUCAGGGAUGUUUUAGCAGGUUCUGUGUUUAGUGUGUUGGCAGUGAAAAUAUUUUCAUUUCUGAGACUUCAUUAAUGCAAAUAAUCCAGAGGAGGGCUAAAAACACUGUUGUCAAUGCUCUAGGCAUAAACCAAAAAUCUGGAAGAAAUCCAGAUUGUUUCCACAUUCAUGGGAGGAAUAUUAUUAUUAUUUUAGCAUUCAGGAACACAGAUGCUACUGUUACACUAAAUUUUAGAGAAAUUGUGCAAAUUUGCCAGUUUCACCAGGCCUCUAGAUUUUUUGUGUGUCUCUAGGCUAGAGAUGAGUGAAAAUAUCAGUGUUGGUUUCUCUCAGUUUUCCCAAUCACAUUUUGAUAUGAGUCUGCAGUUUUCUUUUAAAAUCCUCAUGAAAACUACUCAGCAUUUUAGUCCGGAUAUACACAUUUUUGUACGCAGUUUAGCCUAGUAUACAUAUUUUUGCAAAGCAAUGCAUUUUUGGAUGCUAUUUUCCCUGAUCCAUGAAUUUUUAUGAUAUAUAAUUACUUGGCUGUGGAGUUGUGCUGCAAAAUUUGGAGAAGUGUGGAUUUUGUGCUUUGCUUUGUGCAUUGUUUCAGCAACUGCAAACUGAAUCGAAGUUAUUCCACUUCCCUACUCGAGGCCAUUAGAAAUGUUUUAGUGAUAUUGUUACUAGUUGUAAAGGAAAUAGUGUUAAGAUGAUGGAUGGAUGGGUUUUCCAUUGCUCCUCCCUGUAGCCCCAUCCUCCCAGAUGUUCUCCAGCAGGUUCCCCAAACCCUCCAGAACUGAUUUGUGGGCACACAGGGAGCUGCAGAGAAUGAGAGUGGAAUGGGAAACCCCAUUUCAUUCAUGGAAAUCUAUCCUGUUGGCAGGUUAGCACCAUUGGCUGUCAGCCUCUCUCUCUCUCUCUCUCUCUCUCUCUCUCGUGUGUCUAUAUAUAUAUAUAUAUAUAUAUAUAUAUAUAUAGUUUUGAUUGGUGUGUGGCCUUGUUAUGAACCCUUGAAUAUUUGGGCUUUAGCUCAUAAUAGAAUCACAAAAUCUAAUCGGUGGCAGCUUGAUUGGCACAGGCAUAUAGCUCAGUUGGUUAGACCAUGGUGCUGAUAACACCAAGGUUGCAGGUUCAAUCCCUGUAUGGACCAGCUGCAUAUUCCUGCAUUGCAGGGGGUUGGACUAGAUGAUCCUCAGGGUCCCUUCCAACUCUACAGUGCUAUGAUUCAGUGCUAUAUCUUUCUCCAGCCCCAGUAUGUGUUCUGCUGUUGUAUUUGUGAGUCAUCCUUAUGACCACAGGUGCCUGCCUUGUCUCUUUGUCUCUUUGUGUUAAGAGAGAGAGAUACUUCCAGGAAAGACUCCUAUUCAAAAGCAAAUGCAAGAUCUUUUUUUCUAACAAUAAUAACGUGUGAAAUGUUUACAUAAGGCUUGAGUUGCUUGAAAAGAAGCUAUUCUGUAAAUUCACAGAAAAGAAUAAAACAGUAUAUCAUGUAACUUCACCUCAUCACUUUUCCCCCUUGUUUUGAGGCAAACAAACCCACAGGUAAUAUACAGAGCAUGACACAUUCUGACUCUUAAUUCCUCAAACCUGUAGACCUGAAGCUUGCCAUGUGGAAUACAUCCUUGAAUCAUUUGCAUGAAGCCUGGUGGGAGCAGGGUUAUUAUCGUUCAUUGACCCAUUUAAGAGGCUCUCUCUCUGCUCUGGAUUGCAGGCAUGUGGCUGUAUCUACUUAUAUCUAGCUUUAUGUUGCUUCUCACACAAUGCCAGCACCUGCUUUUAAGAACCAGAUCCUGACAAAGUUGUCUUAUUGAAAAAUUCAUUUUCACAAUCUUUUAAGACAACAUUUAAUGAAAAUUAUAUCUGUGUAGGAGAAUGGAUCGUUUUAUUUUUUUCAAGCAUGAAAGCUGCCAUCCUCGCUAAUAAUUUUAAGAAGAAUUUCAGUGUUAUAGCCUUUUCUACGUCAAGCUUUCUUCUCCAACCACGCAAGUCCAAGCCUACCAACUGGUUGUCUUUCUUCUGUAAUGUUGACAUUAAAGAAACAAACCUUGGCAGUAGCUUAUAGGAAACAAAGGACUGGUAGUAUCAGAAUCUAUUUACACUUUACAAAGAAAUGCAUUGUGCUGAAAUUCAGGCAACUUGCACUUUUUGUUUCCCAUUUCAGGGGCAAUGUGUGAAGUGGAGACUUGUGGAUCUUAGUGUGCGAGUUUGCCCAUCAUAGUUACUCUCAACCAAGACCCCAAACCAUAUUUUGAUCCUCGUUUACAAACAGACUUUGGUUUGAGAAAACCAUACUUUGCACUAUUUGGACACCAGUUGGAAACAGAUGUUACUCUUCACGUGUGGCGAAGGGGGAGGAGGAAAUGUAUGAACUCAACAUUAACUCAUUCAUGAUCUUCCAAAUUAGGGUUUGGAGUGUUGUGCGAUUGUGGCUGUUGUGUCAAGAGCAUGUUGGUGACUUUUGGAAGGUUCUGGUUUGCCGUUGUUUGGUUUCUUUUCAUUCUAAUUGGUGAAGUUGUUGAUAGUAGACUUUAGCUUCAAGUCAGAGGAGCUGGCCUGUGAGAAGACUGAGGUGAAGGGAGAUGGUCUCUGCUAUCUCACCAAGACGAAUACCUGCACUGGGAUAGAUGGAGGAAGUCAAAAAGGUUAAUGUACCGUAGCUGCAAAUCCCUUAAGAGAGGAGUCAACAACCUUUUUGGACCAGGGGGUACAUUUCAAAUUCUGAAUGUGUGCUGAGGGCUCCAGUUAGACUGUCAUAUUGUAGCUAUUUAUCUGGGAUCAAGUUCCGUCAAACACAAAAGACUUCUGAACUUUUUGCUUCAUAACAUUUUUUUCUAGGAGGACUAGAGACUUAGCCUGCAGCGCUUUUUUUUUUUUAGUCUGCAGCGCUUUCCUGAGGGCACCAGUGAAGACCUUUGUAGGCACCCUGGCACCCUCAGAUGAUGGGUUGGUGACCCCUCUUUUAAAUGGCUUAAGAAAUAGUACCAAUAAAGUUAUGGCCCGCUAGCCCCAAAUUAUGUGGUAUUUUCUCUUCCUUUUGGGCUCAAUCUGUGCUCUUACCAUUUUGUUGAUUUUUGGAUAACUUCAGCAAGAUUACUGCUAAGAGAGAAUUAUUGUAAAAAGAAGUUUAAAGAACUUCUCACUUCCUAAGGAAAUCUAAAUUGACGUACAUAUAACAUACUAAUACGGCAGUGAUGAAUUUGUGGUAAACAACUUGCAGUUGGGCAGGAAGCAUGAGGUCACACCAUCUGCUAGAUGGCCAGCCACAAAUGCUAUAGUGUUAGGGGUCCAACUGCCUAGUGGGUUGUCACGUCUCAUUAGUUUCUCUGAAGAAAAGCAUUAUCCAGUUAUUAAAUUUAUACAAUGAAUAGGCUGCUGUGGGGGGGGGGGGAGUAUGGCAUGCACAGCUUUAGAAAGAUCCAUAAACCUUACUUUGUAAAGACUUCCUUCUGUUUAACAACACAAUGCAGUCUGUCAGAUCUAAUGCCUAGCUGAAAUUUAAUCCAUGGCUCUGAGAGAACAAUAAAGUUAAAGGGGUAUAUGAAAGUUUCUGGAAUCUAAAUUCUAGGUAAAUUAACAAUUUAACUGCAUUCCCCCCCCCAGUUCAUGCCAUAGUUUCUUACCUGACUGAUGCCUACUUUUAGACAAUGGUUCAUAUAAGUGCCUUGUGCUGUUAUGCCAGAGAUUUACCGCAGUUAAGAGAUAAGUGUUUAUAAUCUCUCUCCACAGUUUUACAAUAAUAGUGUUUAUCCCUUUGGAAAUCGUAUUUACUCCAUACACUUUUUGAGGAAAUUUUCUCACAAGGCCCACAUGCUUUUUACAUUUUGGGACUCCAUAAUGGUGUCUUCAGAUAGGAUUGUUUUGUAUACACAUCAUUUGAUUAGGUUUUUCAUUAACUGGUGAAGGCAUUUUUGUAAGACAGCAUAUAUUGUGGAGGAAAGAAGGGCAUCUCUUGGUGUCUCUUCUAGAUCGCAAAUGGUGACUUGGUCAGCAUAAUUCCGUUCCGCUGCUGUUGUUUUGUUUUUAGUAAUGCAAGGUAUUCAUUCUGUGCAGGUCUUAGACUUUUGCCCGAAAAUUCUACCCCGACAGCACCAGUGUUUAUAAUCACAGGAAGCAUGCAAUGCCAAUAUAGAAUUUAUGGGUCAACAGAUUCUAAAUCAGAUUAGCCUUGAAAUGUUCUGCAGCAGAGAAAGGCUCUAGUUCUUUCUGUGUCUGAAUAUUUUUAAUCCUCCAUAAGGGAUUAUAAGGCGCACAAUGCUGGUAUUACAUAGAUAACUAGUCUCUACUUGGUUGACCUUCAUAAGCAAAAAGACCUUUCACCCAUUUCCAGAAAGGAAUAAUGCAUGCCAUUGUGUUUUAGGGUCUCAGUAGCCUGAAAUGCUCGUUAACAAAAUCCAGUUCUUUAAUUCAUUUUGUACUCUUUCCCUUUAAAAAAUUAAAAAUUAAAAAUGUUUUUACGCUUGGGUUAAAUACUGUGGGGAAGCAGCAGUGUAUACAUUGCUUAAUGUGGCUAGACCAGUUGUGAAAUCCUGGGAAAUACAGUUACUUAAUGUGGUAAGGCCAGUUGUGAAACACAGUGAUGCAGGCAAACAGAACCUGUGACCUACCAGAGGAUGUUGCACUUCAAUUCCCAUCAUCCCUAGCAAGCAUAGCCAAUGGCCCAGGGAUGAUGGAAGUUGUAGUUUGUCUGUCUUUUUGUAACUUUGUUUCUCCUGAACUGGGAUUCAAGACAGCUUACCACAUUUUAAAAACAUCAGUAUAAAAGACAAGGUCAUGAAAGCAAACUAGUUAAACACAAUAGUUAAAAAAUAAAGCACAAUUAAAACUGGCACUGAGUUACUGAUUGCCCUGAUACCAGCCCAGUGGUCAACAACAUUGGCACCUAGUUUUCAGAGGCCUACCUGAAAAAGAAGGUCUUAGCCUGCCAGUGGAGAGAUAACAAGGAGGGAGCCCAUCAAACCUCUCUUGGGAGGGAAUUCCAUAGUAUGGGAGCCGCCACAGAAAAGUCUGUCUUUUGUAUCACCACCAGCUGUGCUUCUGAUGUUGAUGGGACUGAGAAAAGAUUCUCAGCUGAGGAUCAUAGCACCUGGACGGAUUUGUAAAGGGAGAUAAAGAUCUUUCAGGUAUCCUGUGCCCCAGCCACAUACGGAUUUAUAGGUGAUAACCAUCACUUUGAAUUGUGACCAGAAACAGACCAGUGGCAAGUUGUUUUCACAAGGGAGUAACAUGCUCCCUGCAGCUAGCCCCAGUGAGCAGUCUGGCUGCAGCAUUCUGGGCCAGCUGAAACUUCCAAACAUUUUUCAAAGGCAGCUGCACAGAGAGCAUGUUGCAGUAGUCCAACAGAGAUGUAACUAUGGCAUGCAUCACUGUGGCCAGAUCUGACAUGUCAGUAGUGUAACAACAUCUGGAGCACAGGUUCCCGCAUACCUGCAGUACUGCCUGGAUCCAAAUUUCUAUUUUUCUUUUUCUGCAGUUAAGUCAUUUCCAUCAAGCUAGUGAAGUUUCCUGAACAAUUGCUACAUGUUCUCACCCAGCACACAUUAUUCUUGUUCGGAGGUGGACAUCUCUGACAGCGUUCAUUGUAAACCUUCUUUCACACUGGCAGCUUAAACGCAGCUUGCGGGAUGCACUUAAGGUUGUACCUUGACAAAUAAUUUAUGACGAGCACUUUUCAGUAUGCAGUUGGUAUUUUUUGAAAGGCGUGGAUAAGGAGUGACAUUUUAUCUUGCUUUCAACUCCUUUUCAUACUGUGAAGAUUCCUGGAAAUCAGUGAGGCUUGCGUUUUCAACACUGCUCAAGAGACAAGUACAUUGGAAACCUCUUAUAUGUUUGUCAAAAUGUCUGUAUAAACACAAAUGAUGGGGGUAUAGCAGCUGGAGCAGUCUGCUAAAAUCAAUGCAGACAUUACAAGCAAACUCUAGGCCUUUUCUUUCAAAUCUGGCUUUUCAAUGGCUAAUGAAGAUGAAAAUGAUUGACUUAUUAAAUGUCAAACUUGCUUUCUCACAUUCACUUCCUGCUGUUCUGUGGCCAUAGCAGAGUCGUGCUGGAUGAGACCAAGGGCCCAUCUAGUUCAGCAUCCUGGCCUGGAUCUAGACACAUCAAAGACGUGUUUCAGUUUAAAGCGUCGUAAAUUUAAACAGGGAAAACAGGUAGAAAAAAACCAGGACUCCACGUCGCCAUCUGGUGGCACAGUGUAAUAUCACACAUACCACACAUAUAAAUUGCUUUUUCUAGCUGAGCCCCUAUUCUCACAGCAGCAACUCAAUGCCAUUGGGAAGCCCACAAUCAUCAGGACAGGAGUGCAACCGCAUUCUCCCACUCACAUUUUCCAGCAACUAGAAUCCAGAGGCAACCUGCCUCUGAUCCUGGAAGUUAAGAAGUAGCCAUUGGUAGUAUUCUCACUCAAUUUGUCUAAUCCCAUUUUUAAAGCCAUUUUAGAUGAUGGGCAUCACUAUAUCCUGUGAAUAUCUUAGUUUCACUGUUUUAUUUAUUUAUCAUUUCAUAAAAUUUAUGCACCACUUGAUUGUAAAAACAAUCAAAACUUAAAGCAGUUUACAAAAAAAGAGACAAGACAAUACAUUUUAUCAAUAGGAAGAAUUAGAAACAAUGAUUUGAGACUUUCAAAAAGUUGAAAUAAUAAACUAAAAAAGGUUAAAGCUCGCAUCAACUUUCUAAAUAUCUGGGUAAAGGUAAAGGGUAAAGGGACCCCUGACCAUUAGGUCCAGGCGUGGCCGACUCUGGGGUUGCGGCGCUCAUCUCGCUUUAUUGGCCGAGGGAGCUGGCGUACAGCUUCUGGAUCAUGUGGCCAGCAUGACUAAGCCACUUCUGACAACCCAGAGCAACGCACAGAAACACCGUUUAACUUCCAGCUGGAGCGGUACCUAUUUAUCUACUUGCACUUUGAUGUGCUUUCGAACUCCUAGGUUGGCAGGAGCAGGGACCAAGCAACGGGAGCUCACCCCAUUGCGGGGAUUCGAACCGCCGACCUUCUGAUCAGCAAGCCCUAGGCUCUGUGGUUUAACCCACAGCGCCAUCCGCGUCCCUCUAAUAUCUGGGUAGGCUUGUCUAAAUAAAAAUGCUUUUAGCAGGCACCAAAGGAGUACGGUAAAGGCAUUUGCCUGAUGUCAGCAGGCAGGGAGUUGCAAAGUGUAGGUGCUGCAACAACCUAAUUGCUGCCUCUUAAACUACAAAGAAAUAGAUAAACAAAAACCAGAAAGGUGCAGCGUGCUUGAAAUACCAUGCUAAGACAGCUGUACUAGGGAAAAGAUGGUAGGUAAUAAAAUGGUAAAGAGCUUUUAUUUGCAACAAAUAAAUGUUCGCCGUUUAUGUUUUCCUUGUAAGAUUUUUCAAGAAAAUGUAAAAAUACAGAGAAGUUCUCUCAGCAGUGCAUAGUUCUAUUACAUAUUGAAUAUCAAACCAAGCACUUAAAUUGAGGCUACCUGACUAGGUCUAGCUUGUGUAGAGACUAGCGACAGCUUGAGUCUUAAAUCAAUCUUGGGAUGCAAGUACUUCAGAUUCUAAUCUGCUAGAAUGACUAGGAAGACGUGGGGUAAACUUCUAAACAUUGCACCACCUUCUUUUGCAGGUUUCAAGACCUUGUUGAAAGGAAUUUCAGGAAAGUUCAGCAGUGGAGAACUUGUGGCCAUUAUGGGUCCUUCUGGAGCUGGAAAGUCAACGCUCAUGAACAUCCUGGCAGGAUACAGGUAAGUGAGGGCAACGGUCAAUUCCCAAAUUAUGUUGUUUUGUUGUUGUUUAGUCGUUUAGUCGUGUCCGACUCUUCAUGACCCCAUGGACCAGAGCACGCCAGGCACUCCUGUCUUCCACUGCCUCCCGCAGUUUGGUCAAACUCAUGCUGGUAGCUUCGAGAACACUAUCCAACCAUCUCGUCCUCUGUCGUCCCCUUCUCCUUGUGCCCUCCAUCUUUCCCAACAUCAGGGUCUUUUCCAGGGAGUCUUCUCUUCUCAUGAGGUGGCCAAAGUAUUGGAGCCUCAGCUUCACGAUCUAUGUUGUUUAGAUAUAACUAAUUUUAAGUGUGUAGCUAAACUUGUAAUAUGUGAGAUAAUAAACAUGUGCUUGUAAACGUAUGUAGAAUGCAUUUAUGCCCAUUGGAGAACCAGGAUUGGCUGCACCUUCUUUGUCACAUUUACUCACUAUCACAAAGUUGCAUUUGCUGCCAUAUAUAAUACAUAGAAGAACCCCAGGUCUAAUCCUUGUUCUUAAGCAAAUCAUUUCACCUUGUAUUUAUAAAACUUUUUUUUUAAAAAAAAGCCUUAAUACAUAUCAGCAACACUGUUGCUCAAACCUGCUCCUGCAGAUUUGGAUUCCCUGGUUUAAAGUCUACAAGUGUUUUGAUAAGACAAAUAUUUUCACUCAUGGUGCUGCAUGAUUGAGAGAACUCCAGAGAUUUAGAAGUAAAUACUAUGCCACCUGCUCCGAGGGCUGAUUUGCUCAUUGCAGUCUUCUGAAUGUAGGACUUGUACAAUCUCAUGAUUUACAAAACAGCCUUGGAGCUCUCGGUGAGUCAGAUGAGUGAGUGAGAUCACUUCACACAUUGUGUUUACUUGCAUCUGCAGAAGCAUAAUUGACUUGCAUGUCUUUUUUUAAAAAUGUAAAGUGCACAUAGGGGUAGGAGACAAAUUUGGUUCAGUUCACCUUUAAAGGCAAACCUGCCUAAUUCACACUUUAAGAACCAAAGCAUAGCUAUCCUUCAAAAUUUACACUUCUCCUAAUUUGGGAAUGGAAUUUUCUAGCCAAGCAAUGCUUACAAAAAUGUAGAGUGUGUAUAACGUUAACAUGAUAGUGAGAAUACCACAACAAUGCAUUGUAUUAGGGGAAAUUACUUGCAAAAGUGAGUACAUUAGUCAAAUCUGCAUACAUAAGGCUAAAUUUGCACCAAAAUGCAGAUGAACUUCCAUGAGGAUUUUUUAAAAUGAAAAUUGAUCAUUUUACUACAAAUUCAUAAAAUAUUAUAUGCAUAAAACUGGCAAAUUUGUGCAGAAAUGUGGAGAACGGAAUUCAAGACUGAAAAAUGGGAAACAGAGAACUGUAUUUGACAAAUAAGUCAGUCCCUAAGUGCAAGCCAGCCCUUAGCUUUGUCUCCCCCUAAAGGAUGUGAAGGAAAGUUUCAUGCUUUUUUUCUUUUCUUGACCAAUUUCAGAGAGACUGGGAUGAAAGGAGAGAUCCUCAUCAAUGGACAACCCCGUGAUCUGCGCUCUUUCCGCAAAGUCUCCUGCUACAUAAUGCAAGAUGACAUGCUACUUCCACAUCUUACUGUCCAAGAAGCCAUGAUGGUAAUUGAACCAUAUUUAGCCUGAACUUCCCCAUGACUGUGGCUUCAGGACUGCUUGAUCCUUUAUAAGGCUUAACCCUGUGUGCUGCUACCCUGACAAACCUCUUUUCAGUCUUAAGUGCUGCAAAGUGAAGCAGUCUGUAGACUUGACCACUCUGCUCUUGCCUUGGAGCAGGCAAUGAGAAGUUUGUUUUAUAGCUCAAAGGAGGAAGUCCCAUUUUAUUUAUUAUUUACGGAACUUCUAAACUGCCCUUCAUCAAAAUAAUUCCCAGAGCGCAAUCAUUAAAUAAGCAAUCAAUAAAACACGAUUGAAAUGAUAAAACCUUGAUCAAAACCUUCCAGAGUGGUUAACAGACAUUAAAUAAUUAAAGAAAUACAAUUAAGAUUAUAAUGCCUAGGAAAAAAGACAUCAAUAAACACCUCUAAAAACCCUCAUGAACAGUAAAACAAUAAAAAAGCAGGCUUUCAUCAACCAACCAACCAACCAACCCUAGGACCAGUGCUUUUUUUCUGCGGGGACACAGGGGUAUGCAUACCCCUAAACAUUUUGUGAAUCUUUGUACUUUUGUCCAUUUAUUGUAUUUAUUUCCCCAGAUUUGAACUAUAAAAUGAUGGUUUUCUUGAGUCAAAAUGAGAGUACCCCUAAACAUUUUUUAGGGGGAAAAAACACUGUCUAGGACAUUGUGCAUUGAUAGAAUUUAAUUGGAUUUUCCAAAGGCCUGGGUACCAGAAGCCCAGUAAUGUGAUGACUGUCCACGCCUACAGGGGACCACUAUUGUGACUAUAGGUGCAGGCUGAUGAUCAGAGCAACACUACAAAGAAGGCCUUCUCCUUCCACUACCAUCCACAACAGGGCAAUGAGAAGCUCCUCACUUGCCUUUUUCACUUUGUGGAGGGGAUUCAGAAGAGAAUUUGUGAGGAAAAAUAAAUAGAUACCGUAUUGAUAUUUCUUUUUUUAAGAAAAGAGCCUGAGUUACAAAUCUGUAUUAUUAAAGGGCUGGCCAUCCAUUACUCUGCACCCCUGCUUUUCAAUUCUGGAAGUCACUUGUUUACACACAGACGAUACAGCUGCAGUAUAUAAAGCAAAAACACAUUAAUACUCUAAUGUGCGUAGAAAGUGUGGCUCCCUGUAUAGAAGAGCCUGUCUUGCCAGUGGCAGGUCUUUGAAAUAUCCUUUUCAGCCUGAUGCAUCUAACUAAAGCUUAUCUCCCUGUGAUUUCAGUUUAAUGAUAGUCCAAGGUCUUUGGGAACGACCAAAAUACACGCUCCUUGCCUCUUCCUUCACUUCCCUCUCAACAAGGCUGCUUGUUCCAUAAACAAACACUGGGCUAGGAGGCAAAGCCAGCCGCCUUUGGCCUAGUGCCAGAGAGGUUGAUUUGAGCUGACAAAUCUAAAAAUGUCCACUGUCCAGGCUUCUGUGAAAUCCAUUUGGCAGUUUUUUGCAGAGACCUGAAGAGCGUUCAGUUACAGGGUCAACUGCUGUGAGUUGGCCUGGUCAAACCCAAGCUACAGUGGUGCCUCGCAAGACGAAAAGAAUCCGUUCCGCGAGUCUCUUCGUCUUGCGGUUUUUUCGUCUUGCGAAGCAAGCCCAUUAGCGGUUUAGCGGAUUAGCGCUAUUAGCGGCUUAGCGGGCUUAGCGGAUCAGCUGAUAAGCGGCUUAGCGGAUCAGCUGAUAAGCGGCUUAGCGAUCAGCUGUUAAGCGGCUUAGCGGAUCAGCUGAUAAGCGGCUUAGCGGCUUGGGAAAAAGGGGGGGGAGGAAAAAAACCCCGCAGGAACUCGCAAGACAUUUUCGUCUUGCAAAGCAAGCCCAUAGGAAAUUCGUUUUGCGAAGCACCUCCAAAACGGAAAACCCUUUCGUCUAGCAGGUUUUCCGUCUUGCGAGGCAUUCGUCUUGCGGGGCACCACUGUACUCAUUUUCCAGCGAUUAAAUGCAUUAUUAUACUGAGGACUUUUGGGGAAAAUAUUAAUUUAAAUGUUAUUUAAACAUAUCUUCUAGGAUCAAAAGAUUCAGAGUAGUUCUUUUUUUAAUUGUAGCUGCCCAAAGGAAAAAAUAAAGCAAAUCUGCUGCUAUUGGCCACUGUUUUUGCUUUGUCAACACCUUCAUGUGUCCUUUGCUAUGUCAGAGGCAGUAUGUCUCUGAUUACCAUUUGCUGGGAAUCACAGGUGGGAAGAGUGCAGUUGUGUUCUGGUCCUGCUUGCAGGCUUCCCAGAAGCCAUCUGGGUGGCUACACUGAGAACAGGAUGCUAGACUAGAUCCAGCAGGCUCUUAAGUCCAAGUGUCUUUGUGUGAUUACCCACCCAUUGUUUAUUCAGAAAGCAAUUCAUUGACUCAAAGAUCAGAACUCUGAAUCUUCUUGGUUCUUAGAGAGACCAGGAAAUUACAGGGAGGGAGACAUAAAGAGGGUCUUCCCACUGAAUAAAAAUAUGGACUUCCUCCUUAUGUUUAAAUACAAUGGGGGCCUAUGUAAGAUGUUUACAUGAAUAAACCUUACCUUUCCAUAGCAACUUGAGUCAAGCUGAACCAAGUUAUAGUCUGAAGGGAUGAGAGGUGUACACGGUGUUUUAUCAAUUUGUUCUCCUCUCUCAUCAAACUGAUUUCCAAUCUUCCCAAGUGUGCCAUUCAUGCAACUCUCUUCUUCCUAAGGUUUGUCUGAUCAUGAGAAACGAUUUAAAUACAGAGUCAAGGAGGAAAAGAGGUGGUAAAGGACUCUUGCUGGAUUGCACUGUAGCACCCUGCUUGUGGUUAACGCUUAGCUGGAAUGAAAUAUUCAACGCAGCAAUAGAGAAAUUAAAAUAAUAAUUUAUUUGUCAGACAAAUAAAUGAGAGACACAGUGGUAUAUGGUUACCAAAGCUCUGCCCACUCCAGCCCUGAUGGCCAGCACUUAUAUUUCCUCAGCCCAGCCCCCUUGCUCCUCCUUUGGCUGCCUCUGUCCAAUCAGCCUGGUUGAAAUUCCUAUUGGCUGUUUGCUAGAACCAAUCAUAAAAGAUACACCCAUUUCCUAUUACCUUUUAUGGGAGACAAAGAGCUAUAUUUCCUUCUAUCCAUAAAUGGCAGACAAGUAGCCAUAUAUCUUACAUUUGCCUCGACCAGGCACCUUAAUUACUAGAUCAUCUUUGCCCUAUUGCCCUAUUGCCCUUUCACUCCAAAACAGAUGGCUAAAACAGAUGGCUCAUGGUUUUAAUUUUUAUCUUAAACAGAGAUCUUGGGUUCACCUUCUCACACACCAUCAAUGAAAUAAGAAUCUAACAUAAGAAUCUAACAUUUCUUACUUUCUAAAUCCUUUGCAUAAUUACAUUUAAGCCAAUAUAUUUCAUACAUAACAUAUAUAGAUUUUUAGAAGAAAAGGCCUUUUCAAAGUAAAAGGAACUUAGUAAAAACAGUUUCCAAAAGCAACCCCUUAAAUUUACACCCCCCUUUCAAGCCAGCUGCUGUUUCUAUUAGCUCUUGCCCUUUAACCUUAGGAAGAUGUGGCUCGAGUCUGAUGGGAGGCACAUGGUAUUUUCUGUUAAACAAUAAAUUUCACUAUUUACCAACUCUUAAUUAGUGUUUUUGCAGCUUGAUUGUAUUCUGUAAUUUGUAUGGUCAAUAUGACCUUUUGCUCCCAGCCUGUAAUUUCCUUUUACAACUUUAAGAAACGUGUCUCCUGUUAUAAAUCGGGGGGGCCCUGUUCAAGGAGAUAAACAUCUGCCAAAGUACUUAGCCAGCUGCUUUAUGCCUGGCAUGAGACAUACAAACAUUUGCAAAUAUAUUUUUUAAGCUCAUUUUAAAAUGCAGGUCUUGAUCUGAUGCCUCAGCACUUCCUCAAGACAGAAGCAUUGCUUGUUUGAAAAGCAUUCUAAUCUCAAAGGCAUCCUGUGUAUAAGAGCUUCAAUUAUCUAAGAGAAGGCUCCGAAUUAAGCCACAUCUGCACUAUACAUUUAAAGCAGUAUCAUGUCACUUUAAACAGUCAUGGCAUCCCCCAAAGCAUCCUGGGAACUGUAGUUAGUCAAUCAUGUUGAUAGUUGAUGGAGUCUUCAGAGAUGAGUGUCUAACAAGGAUUAUGUGUGGCCUACUAUUUCAGGUAUCUGCUCAUCUGAAACUUCAGGAAAAAGAUGAAGGCAGGAGAGAAAUGGUAUGUAUAGUACUUUGCUCAAGGAAUUAAUCUGAAACAUACUGAAUAUUUUUAAUGUAAUUGUGAAACCUGAGCUAAAAAUUAGUUCCUCCUUGCUUGUGGGGAAUGAAAUAUGUAUGCAGCACUCUUUAUAUCAGUAACAAAGGAAUUUAGGAUAAACUAUUCGAAUUUUGUGCUUUUUGGGGUGAGGGCAGAUUGAAGACAUGCUUAUUAAAAAGAAGCCCCAGCUGCUUGCCUACCAUUUAUAGAACCAGCAGUUAAUGGUUAAAUUUCACUCAAUGUAAGAAUAAAAGAGGAAAGAAAAAUCUUUUCAAAGUACUCAUAGGAACGUUCAGACAAUUAUAAGGAUGCUUCAUUUAACAACUGGAUAUUAUAUUUUAGCUAGAUUUGCAGCUCAGCUUUUGAUCUUGUAUAGACAGCAGUAUAAAUAGUUGUUUGGGGUAUGUGGUUGAAAGGAAAUUCAUUGUUGUAGAGAGCGUCGCAAACUGAGUUAAAGAGAUUGCACUGAUGAAUGUUCUCAAAUCGAGCAGCUAAUGGGUGGGAGGGGUUCAAUCCUGCUUGCUGCAGGGAUUGGCUCAUGCAGCUGAUCCAGACACAUCUCUACCUGCCCCACACCUGAUAGCAGAUAUAGCAUCUUCUUUUUUUGGGUUUUUGAAAAUUGCCCCAGUGGACCAAACGGGAGGUCCUGAUCUGGUCUGCAGGCUCCCCGCCCUGUUGAAUGUGGACAGCACUUGUGAAGACCCUUUGAAAUACUUUGUUGUCCCUCAUUUCAGGUAAAGGAGAUCCUGACAGCUCUGGGUUUGCUGUCCUGUGCCACUACGAGGACUGGAAGUCUUUCAGGGGGGCAGAGAAAGCGUCUCGCUAUUGCUUUGGAGCUGGUGAACAACCCGCCAGUUAUGUUUUUUGAUGAACCCACCAGGUAAUUUGUAUUCCAACCUAAAGAUGGUAUCAUCAUCAUCAUUUAGUGCAUGGCUUGCAGUACCGCAUUGAUCCAUGGCCCACCCUCCAGGGGUCAUGUGGUAAAGUGCAUGGGGCCUAGGGAGAAACCCAAUACUUUUAAAUACUUGAUUGCUAGAAUGCAUGUAGUGGAUUAUUAUUCCCUAUUAUUCUUUCAUCUUUUAUCCAAAGCCAAUCCCUUCCCUUCAUUAAUCCCCACAACCCAUUCUGGUUUUAGUUUAUUUAAAACUGAUUAUCAUUCAAUCUAAUUAUUCCUUCUUCCAUCCAAAGGUAGUUCCUUCGCUUCCUUAAUCUCCCCACUCCUGAACUCUUUAUGUUUUUAUUUUAUUUCAUGUUUUGCUUUGUUUAUAUGGUUCCAGUUCUACUCCCUCCAUUCCACCCCCCACCCCUAAACCCCUAACAAGGAAUUUAUGUGCUCACCAGUACCUUUUAAAGCAGAGGCUGGAUGACUAUCUGUCAUGGAUGUUUUAGUUGAGAUUCCUGCAUUGCAGCGGGUUUCAACCAGAUGACCAACCUUACAAUUCGAUGGUUCAAUAUACAAUAUGAUGCUGACUUCACUAGUUCCGAUUCUGCUGAUUGCUAACAGUUGGUGCCAUUGUUUCUCCUGCUGUGAUGCGUUCAGCAGCAAUCUCUGGCUGCCAAUGCAUCACAGGCAACUUCCAAGCAGUGCUGUUAAUAGGGCACCCAGAAGUUGCAAUGCAGAACCAAAAAUGUGGUGUCCCAGGGAUUGGGAACCCUGAGUUUAUAAAACAGAAGCCCACAGUGGCAGCCAUAAGUGUACUGAGAUGUGUAAGGUCCCAGAUCCUUUGAAAACUAGAACGUAUAUUGUUGGCCAACAAGUGCAAGAUACGAAAAGCUGAAAGUGAGGUGGAGAGAGAAGGAUGCUUUAGGGAACAAGAAGUCAUUCUAGCAUAAUGUUAAGCGCAAUCUUGUAGCUGCCAAACUAAAAUAUGAAAAACCAGGGAGAGCCAAUGGUGGUAGCCAGUACAGCUCAUUGGGAAUAUCUCCUCCUACCCAAACCCUGUUGGGAUUGUGGAGCUUCUGUUCUUUUAAUUCAGAGGGGCUAUUAUGAACAUCAGUGAGUGAAAAAACAAUCCUGACAAACUCCUUUUCUUCUUAGCGGCCUGGACAGUGCAUCCUGCUUUCAAGUCGUCUCCUUGAUGAAGGCUUUAGCACAGGGUGGUCGGUCCAUUAUCUGCACUAUACACCAGCCCAGUGCCAAACUCUUUGAGCAAUUUGACCAGGUACUUAUUUUGAUUUCUUUUUUGCCACACACAUGAAUGUAUAAAGAGUGCACUCACAGCUGCAUCUAAUUUCCUAGGCCACAAUACUGUAUCUGAGAUCUCAUUGCACUGACAUACAGAUAGAAUAGCUUCCGAGUCUCACUUCAUAGCCAAGAGCAUGUAUAUUUCCUCUCUCUCUCUCUUUUCCUCGCUGCAUAAGCUUCAUGUGAGGCUGAUACUGCACAUCAAUCUCAGUGGUAUCGAUGCUGCCUGGCAGUGGCAUUCCAGAGUCAUUCAGAGAGGGGGCUUUCCCACCCCUAGCUGGAUGGAAAGAAGAUGCACUCCCACAGAACCAUGGCUAUUCUGUGCUGAGGUGGCCUUAAAGGCAGUUCCACUCCACAUAUACUCAGGAAAUUUUGCUACCUCAGAAGUUCCUCUGGGAGACUGCUUGUUUGAAAAUGCCUGCAUGUCGACGUCCCCUUUUUAUAUGGAAACCUUGUGUGUCACAGAGAAGUCAAUGGACUGAUAGGUUGGAUCUUGAUGGUUCCUGAGGAUCUAUUCACACAGAGAACCUAACGUACACCACCCUGGAGGUGAUUUUCAUGAUCACGGCAGCACGUUUUUCAGUCAUUACAGUUGGAAAAAAUUGCUUCCAAGGAGCCACAGCUGGGAUUGGGUGACACUUUAAAGUGCUCUGAGGGCCUCAUUAAACAUUAUCUGCUGAUGCAUGCAAACAAACCCCAACAUAACUGCAACUCCUUUGCAAGGGAGGGAGCAGUUUACAGCAGAGUCCUGGCAGAGGGAUCCAUUGUAUCAGGACUGUGCUGCAGAAUGAACCUACAAUGAAGUAUUAGUCCGGAGGGGCCCUCAGUGAAAAGCAAGUGAAGAAUGACAAUUAUAGAAUCAAUUUGCUCGGUUACUCCUCUUUCUUUGAUGGUUUCAUGUUCAGCCUGUUUUCCACUAUGUGUCUGAAGACAGAGUUUAGUAGAUAAAAACUCUUCAUGUGUUUUCCAGAAGUGAAGGUCUCAGAGUUGAGACUACUUACUUCUGAGAAAUCGCAUUGCUUCCUGAAAAGUAUAGUAAAAUCCCUCGGACGUUGCUGUGUCGCAGUGUCCUUUGAUUUAGACUCUUAGCAAGGAAUCUUGCUACUUUUCCCUCUGAUCAGAUAGUGGUGUACUGAAUAGGUUUACAAGGCAGCCAGUCUCGAGUAUUAUUUAUCAUUUGUUCUUUUUCUUUCUUUCAGCUCUAUGUCUUGAGCCAAGGGCAGUGCAUUUACCGUGGGAAAGUGUUAAACCUAGUCCCUUACUUGAGAGAUUUGGGUUUAAAUUGUCCAACGUACCACAAUCCAGCAGAUUUUGGUGAGCAAAUGGAUUGAUUUCUUGGUUGUGCUUAUUUGUUUUUGUUUUGAACAAGCUCUUGAGAGCAAAACGGAAAUUUAUUUUUAAUAUAUGUCAUAAAAUGAUAACCUCUUUCUUGUUAAAUCACACCCUCUAGUGGUAGGCAAGCAUGCUGAACUCAGCACAUGAAUAAGUUAUUAGAAAUGAAAAAUUUGGGCACAGGCAAUGUCAUGUCUCGUUUCCUACCAUCAUUUCCCCAGAACAACUGAAAUGAUUUUAAAAAUCUGAAUUUCCUGAAGUUCUUCCUUCUGUUCAAUAGAAAAAUCCAAGAAGUCCAGUUUUAUUUGAAUUUUGAAACCGUAGUGGCUGGACUUGCUAAUAAAUUUGAUAUUUUAAAAGUUUCAAACUGGCUUGCCAUAUUUCAGAAAAUGAAAAUCCAGAGAUUUUUUUUGGCAAAGUUGUUGAGGUGGGGUUUUUUUUGGGGGGGGGGGACAUUUUUUAACUAUUUCUGAGCAAAAUCAUCAAAAAUGACACUACCGACAUGGGCGACCAUAUGUCCAGAUUUUCCCAGACAUUUCACCAAUUUUCACCUGUUUGCGACUGCAGUAUUCCGGACGUAUGGCAACCCUGCAUUUCAUCAACAUAUAAAGUAAAGGUAACCAAAUAAAUGUCAGGGGGUGUUCAAUGAUAAUUAUUUAAUUAGUGGACAACCCUAUACAUUAGUACUUCGGGUUACAUGCGCUUCAAGUUCAGGUUACAGACUCCGCUAACCCAGAAAUAAUACCUCGGGUUAAGAACUUUGCUUCAGGAUGAGAACAGAAAUUGUGCUACGGUGGCAGCAGGAGGCCCCAUUAGCUAAAGUGGUGCUUCAGGUUAAGAACAGUUUCAGGUUAAGAAUGGACCUCCAGAACAAAUUAAGUACGUAACCAGAGGUACCACUGUAUAUUACAAUCAUAUGGGUCUGGUCUUACAAGGUGUUACACUUAGUCCUGUGAUUAAGCCUAUAACAUAUUUCAAAGCUGUUACAAUCACUGUCCUGACUUCUGCAACCUGUUGCCCCUGGAUGUUUUGGACUACAGGAUAAUGGCAACUGUAGUCCAAAACAUUUGGUGGGCACCACAUUGGGGAAGGCAGCAACAUGCUUUUAGCUACUUCUAUAGUCCAGCUUUCAUUUAAAGUGCCAGUAUAGUGUGUACUGCAUGUCUGAAGAGCAGGUGACCUUCUUCAGGAACUGUCUAAUAAUCCUAGUUUGCGCUAUGAUGUUGCUCAUGGAGUGAACAUACUGGGGUGUGUGGCUUACAGAGUUGCAACCCCUGCCCCUGUCAUGCGUUCAUCAUAACUUAUGAACAGGCUGCAUUGAAUUCAUAUUGUAUCUCUGCAUGCAACCCGUGACCUGCAUUUCUUCAGAAGUAAAAUAUCACAGGUUUAGAUGCUACAAGCAUUUCCUUGUCCCAGAAACCUGCUAUGACCAAAGGAUUGUUGAAUUUCUUAGAUUGCCAUGGCUGGAUUUUGUUCCAAAAUUUCGUACUCUUUGAAAUAAUUUCUGGAUGCAGUUUCUGCGUCCCAGUUGCAAUUGUCUUUCAUAGUGCUUUAAUAGCAGGGGUGGGGCUCUUCAGAUAUUGGAUUUCAACUCCCACCAAUCAGCAGUGGUCAGGAAUGAUGGGAUUUGUAGUUCCAACAACAUCUGAAAGAGCACAGGUUCCCUAUUUCUGCUGUACAGUUUCGUCCCGUCCCCCCCCGUGGAACACAGUUUACCAUCCUCAGUGGUCCAGUAGGAUAGAAGCCUCAUCCAAAAUAAUCAUGUGUUCAGUAGCUGUUGUAAUCUAGAGCCCACUUUCUCAAAUGCAUGGAGUAUUGAGAUAGCUACUGCUACCAUUUGAACUUUAGGGUCCACCAUUUACACAAAUGCACAAAAAUAUCUCUGCACCCACUUCUGAAUAUACCUGCCAGCUGAGAUUGCUUUGUGCACCUGUCCUUUUGCCUUUUCCAUGACUAUUUCACAUAGAGGAGGAUGGAAUGAUUCUUUUCUGUUCUGUUUAGUGAUGGAAGUUGCCUCCGGAGAGUAUGGAGACCAGAACACUCGUCUAGUAAGGGCAGUCCGAGAGGGAAUGUGCGAUGCCGAUUUCAAGAGAAACUCUGGGGGAGAAAGUGAACUUAACCCUUUCCUAUGGCACAGACCAUCUGAAGAGGUAAUUUAAAUGAAAAUUGUGACUUAAAUGGCUGAGGAAAGGCGAUCAAGCUAGUUGCUACAGCCCUUCAAUCACCUUUUUUUUGGGGGGGGGGGGUGCAAUGCUACUGCCAUAAGCCAGAAAUAAGUAGUUCAAGAAUGGCAAUUCUGCAUUAUGGUUGGGUGCCAUUGCGCCCAGGUUACACAAACCAGACAUUUGAGGAGACAUUUGCAUGGAAAUGAACUUUGUUAUUAAUGUUUUAUUCAGCCAAGACUUCUAAGCAAGAUUGUUAAGCAAAUUCUCCUAACUUGGGGUUAUAUCGAACGUUAAUUCUACUCAGGGUAGUUCUGUUAAAUUCAAUGGGCGUGACUAACUGAAGUCCAUUUGUUUCAGUGGGUCCUCUCUAAACAAAACUUAGUUUUAUACAACCCUUGAAUUUGUUUGAAAGCAUUCAUAUUCACAUUCUCCUUAAUUGAUUUCUUCCAAUAUUCUCAAUGCUAUGGGAUUUUUGGGGAGGGAGGGAGUCAAAACAAAAUCUCAAUUUGACAAGCUGAUGCUUAUCAUUCUUGCCUUAUCAUUGUGCCUUUAUUCUUGUAAACUGCUUGGAGGGUUAUUUAUUUAUUUACACUCAAACAGUAUAUAAAUUUUAUGAAAUAAACAACAAAAAUAAAAGGUCAAUAACAUUCAUAUUUGAGUUUUUUAAAAAAGAAAAAGAAAAAAAAAUCUGAGCUGAGUUUUAAAAAAAAUUAAAGCCCGAAACGUCAUGUUCACGUGAAGCGCUUCAUCCAGAGUUAUUUGCAAGUGCUUAACAUUCUUUCUCCUCAUCUGAGACUGAAGGGAAACUCAGGUAGAAAGCACUUGUUCCCGCAACCCACCAUUAAGUUGUGUGGCAAUGGGCACUGGUUUUUCAACAGGGAUUAAAUGCAUUCAUGGAUGAUAAAUCCAACAGUGGUGACAAUGGCUGAAUGGGGGAACAACCAGCUCUAGUGUACAACCAUAUACUGGUUGCUGGGAGACGGCCAAAGAACAAGGGCGAAGUGUCCCCUUUCUACCUUGCUGGUGGGCAUCUCAGAAGCAUAUGCUUGGCUGCUGUUGCAAAGAGGAUGUUUGACUAGAUGGGUCCUUCAUUUCAUUCAACAGAGUUCUUGCAUUCAUUGAUCCAAAACCUGUCCUGAGUGGUACAUUUAACUACCUUUUUGUUUGUCUAUUCCUUCAGGAUUCUUCAUCCACAGAAGGCUGUCACAGCUUCUCAGCCAGCUGCCUUACUCAGUUCUGCAUUCUGUUUAAAAGAACAUUUCUCACCAUAAUGAGGGAUUCGGUAAGGCUGGUUUCAAUGCUUAAAAAAAAAAACUCCUCCCUCUAGGAAUGUCCAAACGAUGAUGAGAGUUGAAGUCCCAAACAUGUAUUAGCUUGGAGGAGGCUGGUAUGGAAUGUGAAUAGGCUGUUGUACGGUAUACAAAUGAUAGAUCCAUAUCUACCAAAUUAAGCUAUGUUACAGCACUUGUCAACUCAAAACAUUCUUAACACAAGCAUAUCUUUACCUUCCUACCAGGUCCUGACGCAUCUGCGGAUCACAUCGCACAUUGGCAUUGGACUCCUCAUAGGAUUGCUGUACUUGGGGAUCGGAAACGAAGCCAAAAAAGUCCUGAGCAACUCUGGCUUCCUCUUCUUUUCCAUGUUGUUUCUCAUGUUUGCUGCUCUCAUGCCAACAGUCCUUACAUGUGAGUCAUGACCUGUGCAGGAGGCAUUUUUUUAGGAUUUCUGUGAUGCUGUUGAAAUCUGAGAGAAUUUUGCCAGUGACUUGGCUUCCACCCUCUUGACUAUUUAAUUGAUUUUAAUCAAACAAGGAAAUGUAAUGGCCUUUACAAUUAUUAUUAUUAUUAUUAUUAUUAUUAUUAUUACUAUUAAAAUCCCAAAAUGGUGUGUUGUCUUUGUUCAUUGCCCACAAAUUGUUGUGACACAGAAGUAAACCACCAUUCAGCCUUUUGUGAUUCCGUAUUUUCUGUGUCUACAGCUAGUAACUUGAUAGGCCACCUACAGGAUUUAUAAAAUUCAUAUAUGAAUAUAUACAUAGGUAGAUAUAGGAUCCUGCUUUUCCUCUAAAAGGAAUACAUGCUUACAGUGAUGACCAGUGCAUGCAUGUAAAAUCACCCCCCAACUGGUGAAGCAUGAGCAGGUAUGGCCAGGGCAGUGGAGGUCCAUGUGGGCACUUGCAGCCCAUGGGCCAAAUUAGGCCCACUCGUCACUCACCUCAUAUCACAUGAAGUUAGCUGUGGAACUGGUAAGCCGCAGCUGCAAACCUAGGACCUCUUCCACUUUACCUGCUCCUUUAUGCUGACUGAAUACAAGGAACACCACCUUGUAAAGCCCAGCUAUCACAUUUGAAUUGUAAUGUUAUAAUCUACAAUUGCAAUCAGUUUAUCUGUUGUUGUUGUUUUAAUUGUUCAACAUAGUUCCUCUAGAGAUGGGCGUAUUUCUCAGAGAACAUCUGAAUUACUGGUACAGUCUGAAGGCCUACUACUUGGCUAAAACGAUGGCUGACGUCCCUUUUCAGGUAGAUCUGUCUUUUCACAUCUCUCUCUGUAAUUUUGUAGAACAGCAAAACAGUAGGAAUCCUGAACGCACUCAGUUAUCUUUUCCAUAUAAAUGAAUGGGUGCAUGUGGGGCAGCUUUGCAGUGGGGACAGACAGGGGCGGAGGAAGGGGGUGAGGUGGGAGCGGACCGCCCUGGGUGUCUUCGCUGAGGGGGUGACAUUUGGCAGUCACGAGCACACGGCGUGCCAAAUGUCCACCGUUGGUGGCUCGCUCCACCCUUGACUGCAGGGGGUGCACCGCUCCGUGCACACGAGCCACUAUCCCACACCUGGGAGGGCACCCUCCAUGCCCCUUGCCCCUCAGGAGUGCGCCCUGCCCCCCCUCAGGAGCGUGCCCACCCUGGUGAGUGUGGGCAUAUGCUCCACCGCUGGGGACAAGGCAUACCAUGACAGCUGGUGGCAUGGCCUCCCUUGGAGCAAUCUGGGGGUAGGGGCAGUAUGCAGAGAGUUUAGACAAACAUUCUGCACACCACUAUGUGAUAUAUUUUCUAAAAACAACAAAAGUGAAUUUCAGAAUAUGGUUAGCGCUCUUCUGAAAGGUGCUGGUGACACUGGUUGAAGUUCAGUUGCUAAACCAAUAUGGCUUACAUGAUGAGAUGAAGAAAAUGUAUUCUUCCUCUUCCCAUGUGUUCCAUCACUGGAUGUGGGGAGGAAAGAUGCCAAACUACAGUGAUACCAUAAAGAGCUGAUGUAGCAGGAAGCUCCCAUUCCUCCCUCCCCUAAGCAAAAAACAGUGCCGAUUACCAUGUUUUUCCAUGUAUAAGACUAUAUUUUUUCCUAACUUUUUGAAGUUUAAAAUAAGAGGUCGUCUUAUACACGGAUAGUGCAUAGUCCAUUUUCUUAAUUUUGGGUUGAAAAAAUAGGGGUCGUCUUAUACAUGGGGGCGUCUUAUAGAUGGAAAAAUAUGGUAUUUAUAUCAAAAAAGAAAGAAGUUGUAUAAUGCCAUAUUCCUUAAAAGAUGUCUAUCUCUUUGCAGAUUAUGUUUCCUGUAGCAUAUUGUAGCAUUGUGUACUGGAUGACCGCACAACCCUCUGAUGCGCUCCGAUUUGUCCUGUUUGCAGCACUGGGGACAAUGACAUCUCUCGUGGCUCAGUCACUGGGGCUUCUGAUUGGGGCAGCAUCCACUUCACUCCAGGUCUUGGCUCUUGCUUUUUUGUGAUAUUACACCAGCCUUGGCCAAGCUGCUGCUGCCUUCCACAUGUGUUGGACUACAACUCCCAUCAGCCUAUGCUGGUGGGCACUGAUGAGAUCAUAGAAGUAUAGAGUUGGAAGAGACCACGAGGGUCAUCUAGUCCAACCCCCUGCAAUGCAGGAAUCUUUUGCCCAAUGUGGGGCUCAAACCAUUGGCGCUGAGAUUAAAAGUCACAUGCUCUACCAACUGAGCUGAAGAUCAGACAUAUAGCCCAAGAGCUCUGAAGGUCACCGACUUGGCGAAGGCUGUAUUACACAUCCCUGUUCCUUUCGGCAAUUGUAGCUUCAGUUUAUUGGCAUGCUUAAGGAUGGUGCAUGCCUUCCAACAAAUGCCACUGGCACUGAAAAGCCUUCUGUUAGUGAUGGGUCUGGCAAAAAUGCAACCCUCGUUUUGCUUUAGUUUUUAAUCUUGAUAUCUGCCUGUUUUUUUGUUAUAGGUGGCAACAUUUGUAGGCCCUGUUACAGCCAUCCCCGUUCUCCUCUUCUCAGGAUUUUUUGUCAGCUUUGAUACCAUUCCAGCUUACCUCCAAUGGUUGUCCUACAUCUCAUAUGUCAGGUAAAUGUGAAGGGUGCUGACUGGCACUUCAAGUGCAAUUCUAAUAAAGUUGCACCAUUGAUUAAUGCAUCCUCUUGGUUCAGAGAGUUAGCACUUUUUUAAAAUGAGAGCAUGUGCAUGAAAUGGAUGGGUGUGGUUUGAGUUUAAAGGGGCCAUGUUUGGCUAUGUCUGAUCAACUUGAUAGCAUAUAGGACCUGAGCCAGAGAAUCCUGUUUUCAAAGCUUAGUUCAGAGAGUGUUAGCACAUACUCCCUGUGUGACCACAGCUAGGCAAUACAUCUUUCUGCCUUUUUCUACUGAAGAAAUGGAAGUUUUAGCCUUAUGUCAUUAUACAGAGUUGUGGAAGUGCCCCACUUUACAGAUCCUUGCAGGUUUUCUUCAAUUAAUCGCCCUUGCCAGCUUCCCAGCAGGUGACCAGUCUGCAGAAACUGGAAUUUAUUUAGUUAUUUAAAGCAUUUAUGCUCCACCCUUCACCUGAAGGUCCCAGGACAGAAAUACACACAUCAAAAUCUAAUGAAGAAUCUAAGCCAAGUCAGUGAAACAGCAAAAAAAGGGAAGACGAUCUCAUCUCCCAGCUUCUCCUUUACCAAAGGCUGGGGCAUCCCUUUUCCCCUGCUGAUAAAGCCAAAACAGUGAUAUGGUGAGGGGUGCCAUCUGUUUGAUGGUUUCAUACAUGGCUACAAUCUAGCAAGAAUUAGUUUGAGUUCAUAUAUGGGAAACUGCUUCUGCAGUUAGGAUUGUUCUUACCUAAUCUGGGUAUCCAGUAAUAUUUGUUUAGGGAUUUUUUUUCUUUGCUCAGCUGGCUUGUUUUCUGAUGUAUGCCCCCCAUUUUACCUUCAUAACAACUCUGUCAAUUAGGUUAGUAAGAUCUUAUGAUUUGUCCGGAGUUUCAUAGCGAAUUUCAUGACUGAGCAGUGGUUCAGAACUGCAUCCAGAUCUAGCAUCAUAUUCCCACUGUGCAACACAUAACAAUCACAAGCAGAAACUAAAGCUACUGAUAUUGUCAUUAUUGCUUUUAUGGCUUAGCUUUGGGACUGUACGUGGAUCGUCAUGGAUGUAAAUAUAGUGAUUAAAAUGGCCAACCCCUUAAGCAAUAAUUAAUUCAAUUACUGUUGUUUUAAGGUACUUGAUUAUUAUUUUUUGCCUGAUAGAUUUGAUUCCGCUUUGACCUUGGAAACUAUUAUUUUCUCUAGAUACGGAUUUGAAGGUGUCAUUCUAUCCAUCUAUGGUUUGGAUCGGGAAGAUCUCCACUGCGACAAAGAUGAAACUUGCCAUUUUCAAAAAUCAGAGGCCAUCCUCAAAGAGCUGGAUGUAGAAAAUGCUAAACUUUAUUUAGACUUCAUCGUGCUUGGAAUUUUCUUCAUCUCCUUACGCCUCAUUGCCUACUUUGUCCUCAGAUACAAGAUUCGAGCAGAGAGGUAGAGAGGAAGCAGAUGCAGCAAACAACAUUCAGUUGUAGACUGUUGUUAUUGUCUGAUUGUGGCAGACAAGUCUCCAGUGCCGAGUUGCAAGUGGGAUUGUGAUCUAGCCCAUAGAAAACCAUGUCCUGGUGGAUUAAUGGGUGCAUAGUUAACCAUGAUUGUGAACUGACUGGGUUUGGUCAUAUUUCUUUUAUGCUUUCUAGCUUUAACUAGGAAGACAAACUAGAAGGGAAUCUUGUUUCACAUCUGGGAGCCAUUGCUGCUGAUCACAGGAAUUUUUUCUCAUGGAAGCUGUGUUUUCUUGUAAGGUAGCUGUACUCAUGUGGCAACAAGGUAAAAAAAAUGGCUGGGGAUCUUUCUUCUAUGUCCUGCAAAAAUGUGAGGAAUAUAUUAUCUCAUCCUGUUGCAUCACUGCAAGUUUCCUGAAUUUUUGCACGUAUUUUCCCCACAAGAAAUCCCCCAUGAAAACAGAUGUCUGCAGAUUCGUCAAACCUUUAUCAAAUGAAUGGGUUUUUUUCUUAAAAGAAAGGAUAUAUAAGUAAUUUGAUAUCUGUUGUCUUCUUUACAUACAGAUUUCUAGAGCUUUAUUCUCAUGAGCUGGUCUCAUACUCCCAAAUCACAAUAUUAGAAUGAAAUGUCAAAUUCCACUAACUCUGUAAAAAGAAUUCUAGGGUGCAAAAAGUGCAUCUUAUCUAUAAGCUGACCACAGAUGAUUCCUUUUAGCAUUUUUCUUUCAGGAUAUUCUUUCAACCCAUGUUUCUUAUGGUAUUUGAAAUAUUCAUUGUCCACAUUUAACUACCUCCCAUGGAUGCAAAAGCUUGAGUGUUCCUGCACUGGGAAUCUGAGGCAGUCUAAGCAAAAUAGAAUCAGAUCUAAACACGUGUUUGAAUGUUCUAAAAUAUUUUAAUAACACAGAUAUUGACAGAAGGGAGAAUUGCCAAUGGUGCAAUGUCAUGACUCCUUAUGGAAUAGUAAAAGUUUUCUCUAGUGCAUAUGUAGUUCUUCCGGUUUUUGCAAGGCCAGCAUGUAUAACAAAAGUCAUCAGUUCUGUUUUUCAUGAGUUCCAACAUACAUUUCUCGCAAAACAUACUGCCAUUAUAACCCAACACAGAGGCUCGGUGGCUCUAACCCAGUAGCAAGCAGCAUGGGGACUCCCAACAGCUGAGUCAUUGCUACUUACAGGAGGGAGAGGGGGAAAGGAGAUAUGACCGAGAGGUCAGCAUGCUGCAAACGCAUCAGCAGGAGUGCUGGAUUGGCUCAUCUGCUGCAUUUGCUUCAUGUCAACCUCCCCACUGCCUUGCUGUUCUCCUUCUGGUAAGCAGCAGCUCCUCAGUUGUCAGGAGGUCAAGUGGGCAUCACUGCCCCACUAUACCAUUCUCUACUGUCCUAACCCCAUUGAAAUAAAAUGGCUCAAGCUUGCUGGAUUGCUUGGUUGCUAGAUUGCAACCAAGUUGUCUAAACAGAGGCAGCCAACGGGGUGCUGUCCAAAUUCUGUUAGACUCCAUCACCCUUGACCAUUGGCUGCAACUGAUGGGAGUUGGAACCCAAUAAGUCUGGAGAGCACAACGUUGACUAUCCCAGGUCUAAACAAUAAUUAACCAAUUUUUGCCAUCCAUUAACAUUUUGCUUUCCUUUCGGACCAAAUCAGCCUCGUAAAAUGAACGCAGGGUAAUUGGAAGGGAGUUGGCUCUGCAUUCCUGAUCUCUGCCAAGCCAAUGUGCUUCUGUAUAUUGGCAGAAUUUUGUAUAGUAAUUGUGGGUUUACCCAGCAGUUUAAAGGGCGAUAUGGAAAAUUAACAGAGUAGGAAGUCAGUAAAGCACCCUAGAUCUGGAAGAGAUCCAAAUGUCAUGCCAAGUUCAGCCCAGUGCACUCAGGUUGGGAAAUUGAAUGAAUGGCAUUAUGUUGACUUUAUGAGCGAAUCAAAUAAGGCUGUUUUCAGGCCAGAAGUGGUUUUGUUUCAGCAGCUCAUUCAGCAACUAGAUAAAAUGGCCCACUCAGAGAAAUUGGAUCACAGUGAGAUUCCCUUUUGUGCGUGUAAUCUAGAAGAGCCAUUGUUCAACAGACUAUUUUAAGCACUUCAGAGAGAUCUUUGUUAAACCAAAACUGCUAGAAUAAGCCACAGCUUCUGGGUGUCUCUCCCUCUCCACAAAUUGGAAGAUUGAAGGAGAGGUAUUGGCUUCUAGAGUGAUAAAUGGCAAAUUUUAAUACAAUUUAGAUUGUUUUGUGAACAGAUUUAUAUUGCUAGAGAUAAUAAGUUCUUUCCUUUUUACAUAUGGCCGGGAUUCAAAUCUGCACCACUAACUAGAGACCCAAAGUGCAGGCAGGCUUCCAGGAACCCAUAAGGUCUACCUUACCCAAAAGCAACAGUAAUCUGAUGUGACAGUGUAUGCCUGUCAUUGUAAUCUGGGAGCUGUUCAAAUAACCAGACUUCUUAUCUAGUUGAGUGUCCUCAAAUUCAUUAUUGUAAUUCAGGUUAAACAGGUUUCUGUUUUUUAAAAAGUUACAAAAACCCGUAUUAAAGGCACAACUCUUUCAACUUGAGAUCAUUAAAUCAUAAUACAAUGAGCAGAUCAUUCUGAUGUGAUGUUGUCCCAUCCCCCCACCUCCAAGUUUUAAGACGCUUCACUUUUAAGUGAAAGAAUGCUGAAAGAGAACCUUCCAAUUUGCAUAUGGUGGUAAUCUGUUGGGUUGGGUUUUAUUCUGGUGCCUCUUUUAUCAGAAAGCUGUCACAGCUUUCAGUAUAAGUCAGUGAUGGGUUUUAAAUGCAACACUUGUGUUCGAUUGAAAUUGUGGUGAGUGUGUAAACCUUUCCCUCACGCACAAAAUUUGAUUAAAAACGGAACAAGUGCACAACAGGAAGUUGAUGGAAGAUGAAAUGAAAACUCAAGACACCUCUUUGUGUUCUUAUGUUCCAAGCUGAUGUUUUACAUCAGUUCUGCACUCGGGACAACAUAUUUCCUGCUGGUGGCAGGAGACCUUCAGCUGUCCACUUUGUCCAUGCAUCAAAUCAGACAUGAUUGACCAUAAUAAUCCAUCUUCCAUAUAUUGCCAUGUAGAGGCAAAGGGCUAAAACUGCCUAGAGCAGGUGAAUGUCACAAAAUGUCAUCUGAUUGUAGGAUAUAGCCACAAUCAACCUUCCACAGUUUGCGAACGAUGAAUUAGAUGUCAUGGGUUUACUUAAGAUGAAGCAGAACCUGAUUGGGCAAGAAGAACUGGCUUCUUGAUGCUUUCCAUAAUAGCCUCAAAUUACCUUGCCAAUAUGUCCAUUUUGUAUUUUCAGUUUUGGGAAUUUAAAGUUGGAUUGUUUUCUUUUUGCCGCAAUCAUUUAUGAUAUUCUUAUUUCUACCCAGUUGCUCCAUGGCAUACUUUCUCAUAAAUAAAUAAACAUCUGACACCGUGGGACCCGGCUUGGAAAAUGAAAUUUUAACAAGGAAAUGAGUCGAUCCAGAAAUAUAUUGAACAAUUUUUGUUACCGUAAUACAGCAAGCAUGACACUAGUCAUUGUAUAUUUAAGUUUCAAUUAUCGCAAUGUUAGUGGAUGAUUUAGCGCAUUUUGUUUUAUAUUGGUUUUGGGAUUGGUAUGACCUGUCACUAGCUGCUUUUACAGAGGCUGUGCCCCAUAAUUAUAGAGAAAUGUCAAAUUCUAUUACCGGUGGCUUAUGAUUAUUCUUAUAGCUCCUUUUCAGUGUGAUGAAUUGUAUAACACAGCCCAUGCCAACCUUGUGUCCGCUGGCUGUCGUUGGACUACAACUCCCAUGAUGACCAGCCAGCACAGCAGGUAGAUGAAGGCUGGUUAUUUACUCUGUGAAUCAUGCACUGAAAAAACAUGUUCCUGGCUUAGUAUCUAGCAGAUUUGAAUAAUUCCACUUGUAUUGGUGCAUUCCAUUACAAAACUAAAACAUGAGAAUUAUUUAUUUUUGGAAGGGGAACUGUGAAAGAAUUGCACCAGUGGCAGAUUGUUUCUUUUCAAUCAUUUAUGUAUUCAUAGCUAUAGCAGUUAUCUUCUGCUUCUGCGGCUGGCGAUACAGUGGUGCCUCGCAAGACGAAAUUAAUCCGUUCCGCGAGUGUCUUCGUCUAGCGGUUUUUUCGUCUUGCGAAGCAACCCUAAUAGCGGCUUAGCAGAUUAGCGCUAUUAGCGGUUUAGUGGCUAUUAAAGGUUUAUCGGCUUAGCGGAUUAGCUGCUAAAAGGCUAUUAGCGGCUUAGCGGCUUAGAAAAAGGGGGGGGAAGCCACUGUAAUUCCACAGGAGUUACAAUUGUGCAUGCUAUUGUUGUUGCUUGUGGAAGCGCUUGGCAAUGGGAAUGUUUGAUACAGCAUGUGAGCCAUCUGUUAUCAUAGCAAUGGGUGAGACACCUGACCUCAAAGCAAUCGUGGAAUGUUCAUAACGCCUCUGGCAUUCCAACUAGGUACUGAAUCCUGCCCAAACGAUGUUUUUCCAUUUAAAAAGGACACUCAAGUGGGUCUUAAAAUGGCAAAGGAAAUGUUGCAUUUGAAAUGACAUUUGUGUAAAAGUUAAAAAGGGAAACUGCACAGUUCCUAUCAACUUAUUCCAACAUCGGGGUCUCCUUUCUUGCUUUCUCAGAAGCUCAUUUCACAUAUUUCAUGAAUGCAUGGGGUGGGGGGACGACUCAGGAUUGUGCCCACUGUUCCCCCUCCUAUGUGCAAAUAGGCCCUAUGUGCUUGCAGAUUGCAUGCGUAUGGACUAUGCACAGUCAGGAACCCAGCAAAAGACAGGGUCCCAUAUCACUCAUACACCUGGUAUGUGCAUCGACUUGGCUCAGGCACUUGGCUGAACAUGCAAGCAUUGGGGUCAGCAACAGUAGCCACAAUCUUCCUCCUCUUCCUUCUCUCUCUACACAUUCAACGCACCUGCAGUUUUCUUGUGAAAAGGGCUCAAGGUGUUUGCUUUUCAAAAAAAAUGAAAUCAAAAGUAGGAAAUUUUAUAGGUCUAUAUAUUCAUUUAGGCCUCUAGAUCUCAGCACUGACAUGAAGUCUAACCCCAGUUACUCAAGAGUAAGUACCAUUGAAUUCAAUAGGACUUACUUCUGAGUAGACAGGAUUAGGCUUGUGCUUGCACUGUAAGUGUAUUUUCCAGAGGAUUAUCUUUCCUUUUAUUUAUGUGAUCUGUUAGAAACCUGGAAGUACUAAAUAGUCUGUGGAGCUCCUUCUCUUCCUCAGGUUUUGCCGAAAUUUUACUAGCCUGAUAGUCUAAAAAGAAUCCAACAAUAUUUGUCCUUGUAGCUUUAAAUGAAACAUUGAAUUGUUCUUUUUUUAAUGAUCAUGAGGCAUCCAUCUUUUUAAAAAAUGAUUUUCUGUAUGUGAGUUGUAGUGUAUGGUAUUGCUGACGGUGGAUUUGAACUAUUUGUACAAUACUGGCUCUCGGAUGCAGCGAGCUGUUGCCCUUAAACCUUAUUUAGUUAUUUAAGAUACUUAAUGUGUGUAUGUAUGUGGGUGGGGUUUUUUUAAAAAAGAAAAAUAAUAAAUAAAAACAAAACGCAAGAGUCAAUGCAAGUAAAAUGUCAAAAACUCAGCGUGCUGAAGUGUGCAUAUACUGUAUGAGAUCCUUCACUAAGCUGAUGCUGUCCAGAUGUUUUGAACUAUAGCACCCAUCUACCCCAUCAACAGCUGUGUUGGCUGGGGCUGAUGGGAGUUGUGGCCCCGAACCAACUAGAGGACACCAGUUUAGUCAAGGUUGCUGUCUGUCAACUAGCUCUCCUCUCUUGGAUGUGUAAUGCACCCCCGGCAUUACUUUGGAUUCCUGUUGGUUUUGCUGUUUUAGAGACUAUUGCUGCUUGCACGCUGUGAUACAUUUGCACUGUUGUAGAUAUAUGUAAACAUUGUCUUCUUUCUACCCCCUGCUCCUCCUCCUCCUCCAGGUGACUUGUUCAUAUUUUGAAGUUUAGACAAUGUUAGUGAACGACAUGUACCUGAUUCAUGUACCUAAUCAAAAGAUUUAGGAUGUUGGUAUUCUAACUCUGUACUUUAAAGAUACUAACAUGAAAAGGCUUUGUAUAUUUCUGUAUAGUAAAUUCCUAGAGGAUCUUUGUAUGUGCAUUAUUUUCCAAAUUAGAGCUCUUGUUUUCUGAAAAUGGAGAACACUUAACAAUGUAACAGAGAAUAAAAUAAAAGUAUUGCUAUUUUCAGAU